AUGAAAAGAACUACGUCUCCCAGCAUCCCCCGCGGGCUCCAGCCAAAGCCACGCCCUGAGAAGAAAAAAGAACUACAUCUCCCAGCACGCACUGCAGGCUCCAGCCGAAACCACGACCCGGGAGAAGAAAAAGAGCAGCGUCUCCCAGCGCCUAAGCAGCCGCCUGAGGGGAAAAGGAAACACUACAGCCCCCAGCAUCCUCCGCGGCCCCUCCCUCUGAGGCGGCCCCUCAGCCGCGGUCCGGCGUCGCCGGCGCCUUGCCCAUGGCCGAGAGCGGGGACCGCGGCGGCGGCGGCGACGGCGGCUCGCCGAGCCCGGAGCCCGCGGCGAGCCCCGGCCCUCCCGGGCGGCCGCCCCCGCGCUGCCGCUGCCCCGCCUGGAGAAGCCCCUGCGGCAGGCCUUCUACAACACGGGCGCGCUGGUGCUGGCGGGGCUGUGCUGCGGCGCGGCGGUGCUGGUCUACUUCAUCCUGGAGGCCUUCCUGCGGCCGCUGCUGUGGGCCGCGCUGUGCGGCACCUUCCUGCACCCCUUCAAGAGCUCCCUGACGGCGCUGGGCCGGGCCUGGCUGCGCCGCCUGCGCCGCUCCGGGGCGCCCGUGCUGCCCGCCGCGCUGCUGCUGCCGCUCUGCUUCGCCAACGCCGCCGCCGAGGCGCUGGGCCGCCAGCUGCUCCGCCGGAGGAGGCUCCUGGUGCUGCUGGGCGCCGGCGGGCCCGCGCUCUACGGCUGCUACGCGCUCGGGGCCUCGCUCGGGGCCCGCGCCGCGCUCGCCCAGGCCGCCGGGGUCAUCGGCGCCGGGCUGGACUGCUUCAGCAGCCUCUGGGUGAGUGGGGGCGGAGGGAAAGAGAGCCUCCGGGGCAUGUGCAGAGCGCGUGGGUCGCAUCCCAGGUCGGGUUCCCCCAGCCCUUUAAUCGCAGCCCUAUAAAGCGCGCCCUCGGUUCGGACAAGAGGAUGCGGCUUCCCGCAAGGUGGUUUUGGGUUGCCCUUUGGUGGACUGGAUUACGCCAGGAAGAAAGGAGAGGGGAAGCUGAUUUAAGUUUCCCAUUGAGAAUGCUUCACACCUACACGGUGGUGCAAAACUGACCACUAAACCAGAUUAGGUAAAGGGACCCCAGUCGUGGCCGACUCAAGAUCAAGGUGAGGGGCAGCGAAGUGCCAAUAGGCAACAGGUCCAGAAGAAGAGAUCUCAGUAACAACUCACUUUUUAGGUGCCCAGUUUCCAGUGGUUGCUUGUCCAUCAACUGCUGCAGUUAGCUCUCAAGAACUGUAAAAGGUAAAGGGACCCCUGACCGUUAGGUCCAGUCACAGACAACUCUGGGGUUGUGGCGCUCAUCUCGCUUUACUGGCCGAGGGAGCCUGUGUACAGCUUCCGGGUCAUGUGGCCAGCAUGACGAAGCCGCUUCUGGCGAACCAGAGCAGCGCACGGAAAUGCCGUUUACCUUCCUGUUGGAGCGGUACCUAUUUAUCUAUUUGCACUUUGAUGUGCUUUAGCAGGAGCUGGGACCAAGCAAUGGGAGCUCAGCCCGUCACGGUGAUUUAAACCGCCGACCUUCUGAUCGGCAAGCCCUAGGCUCUGUGGUUUAACCCACAGCGCCACAGAUUACUUUGCAGCAAAUACACUGCUGUUUGCACGCCCACCCCUGGUUAGGACAAGAGAAUGUGGCUUUGGCAGAGUGAAUUGAUUUAAACUAGCAAGAAGAAAGAGCAGUGUGUUUUUAGACACCUUUACACCUAAACUGUGACCGCUAAACCAAAUUAAUUCACAACAAAGCUGGUAUUAUUUACAUGAUUUCAUCUUUCCAGGCUUUACAUCACUUCUCAUACUGUAUAUACAUUUCACAUGCUUUCCUUGUUUACCUAGAAAGCACGUGUCUUUGAACUAUUAGGCUAUGUGGUUAGUAGGAAUGUAGGAACUUGAACACUGGACAAUUUUGUCUUCUUUCCUGUGUUGCUGUUUUUGUUUCACUCAGCCUUGGCCCAGCCCUACCCCUAACUCAAAAUAAAGCAGCAAACAAGAAUUAAACACUCAUGGUCGAUAAGUAGGGUGGUUAGAUGAUGAAAACCUGGGCUCCUUGAGCUUUAAUGGAUGUGGAAAAGGGAAUUUUCAGCAGGUGUAGCUUUCAUGCUCUUGUGAUAGGUCACAGCACAAUUUGAUAGUUAACUGAGAAGGUGUGACAGAAGGUCUUGGGAUAAACAUAGAAUAUGUAAACUAUCUUGAAUAAUGAAUUGCAGUCACUGAAACUUAUCUUAAGAUAAUUUCAAGAAGGUGCAGGUCCCAGGAAAGAUUGACCCAUAGCACUGUGCACAGGGCUUUAAUUGAGCGUUGGCUCUGCACUGGAACCUGUCCAGUUUCAGCACCAGGGAGAUGUGACAUAAUGGGGAAUUUUGUGGGGGAUCUCCCACAUCUUGAAUAUUCAAUCGCAGCCACUUGGAACUGCGCCCACAGAGAGGUUAGAGGAUGCAGCUUCUAGGAAAGCUUGAAUCCUAGCAAUAGGGCUUCCUUUGAGCUGGGGCUACAUUCUGGAACUUGCCUUUAACACCAGAGAUCAGCUUGGAAGAUGUCACCUAAACAAGUGUGCCUCUAAGUAUCUGCAUUCUGGCCUGACUACCCUAUUGUUCUCUGAUGCUUCCAGUUGUCCUUUUGAUCUCCUCCCACCACAAAAGCAACUCUCCCUCUUCUGUCCUCUUCCCUCCUCUGUUUAAACGUGUUUAUUGUCUCCCCUAUUUUCAAAAAGCCAUCCUUUGAUGUAUCUUCCCUCUCUCUUCUGCCCUUUGUCUCCAGACUCCCAUUGUGUUUUACUUUCCUUCUAACUCAGAUCUUGAUUUUUUUCAGUCUGAUAUCUACUCCCUGGAUUCUGUUGAAACUACACUCACAAAAACACUAUUCUGCCCUCAUUGUUUACAUUUAUGCUGUCUUUGAUACAGUUUAUCACUCUCCUGCUUGGUUCCUUUUAUGCCUUGGUCUAGGUUUCUAUGGUUCUGUCUUGAUACGGUUCUUUUCCUUACCAGUUCAGGCUGAGGUCCUAACCUCACUUAUCUGGAAGUAAGCACCACUUAAUUCAGUAGGACUUACUUUUGAGUAGACAUGGUAAGAAUUGAGCUGUUAAUCAUUCUUUCAUAGUUUUAUUAUUUUUUCAGUUUAUAUACCACCCUUUAUCAAAAGAUCUCAGGAUGGUAUAAAACAUUAGAAACACGAUACAUCAGUGCAUAGUAAAAAGCAUACUGACAGACAGAUUAAUAGUAAAAUAAUCACACUUUCACAGACCGUAGAUUAUUUAAUAGCCAUAGGCCUAGGUGAAGAGGACUGUUUUUGCCUGGUGUCCAAAGACAUGUAAUGAUGGCGCCAGGUGAGCCUCUUUGGGGAAAGCAUUUCAGAGUCACGUAGUCACACUAGAAAAGGCUCAUCCUUGGUUUUUUUUCCCUCUGCUGAAGUCACUUGGGAUUUGUUUUUGGCCCUCAGCACACUAUUUCUGGUUGAUGGUAUCAACACUCACUGCUUUCUGUGCCACAAAUGGAUGACAUCCAGCCUUACCUUUCUACUCCUGAACUGUCUCCCUUUCUUCAGUCCUGCAUCUCCAGCUGACUCUCUGAUCAUCACAUGCUUUUUGGUCAUUUCAGUAUGUCCAAAGCCAAACUUUUAAUCUCCUUUCCCAAGUCCUACUCCCUCUUACGCUCAUUUAUCCAUUGACAAAGUUACAAUCUACUCUGAUGAACAGUCAUGAACAGCUUUAUGGCUGAUUCCUGCUUGUUUCUUGUGUUCAGUCUGUUACCAAGUAGGGCUGUGCAAUAAAUUGCCAUAUUGUUGAAUAUUGGUAUAGAAAUAACAUCAUGGUAAGUGUUUCAACAAGGCCAUAUACUGGUGAACCAAAGGUGGAGACUUGACAGCUUCCCAGGGGGUAGGUUGGCAGAAGGUCGGUGGUUCGAAUCCCCACGAUGGGGUGAGCUCCUGUUCCUCGGUCCCAGCUCCUGCCAACCUAGCAGUUUGAAAGCACACCAAAAAAAGUGCAAGUAGAUAAAUAGGUACUGUUCCGGCGGGAAGGUAAAUGGUGUUUCCGUGUGCUGCUCUGGUUUUGGUGUUCCGUUGCGCCAGAAGUGGCUUAGUCAUGCUGGCCACAUGACCCGGAAAAACUGUCUGCAGACAAACGCCUGCUCUCUUGGCCUGUAAAGCAAGAUGAGUGCCACAAACCCAGAGUCAUCUGCGACUGGACUUAACUGUCUGGGAUCCUUUACCUUUAUCUUUUUGCUUGCUUGCCCUCCCUCUUUCCCUUUGAUAAAAAGGGAGAGAUUGAUGGCUUUCAGGGGGACCGUUCUGUGGGGGGGGGGGGUGGAAUGGAGUGGAGAAGAUUUAGCUGGCUGCCUUAUGCUGAAAUUGAAGCUUGGGUACUAUGUGAGAAUGAUGGGGAGGGUGUUUUUCGGUAAGCAGUGAAAGCAAAUGCAUGUCUACUCACAAGUAAGCCCUACUGAAUUCAAUGGGGCUUACUCCCAGGAAAGUAGAAGUAAGUUUAGUUGGACUCAGUAGGGCUUAUGCAUGCAUAGAUUCCAUUUAGACCUCGUGAGUGGGGAAGCAGAUGCUACUUGCCUAGUAAAUCACUUAAACUACUCUUAAAUUAGUUGAAAAUAUUUUAAAUAUAUGGAAGUUUAUUUAAUAUUUUUAUUAAAUCUACUACUUCCUUACAUUUUAAGGUCCUCCAUGGGGAGGCACGGCAAGGCCCUCUGCUUAUGCGGGGAAGCGCGGCACACCCUCCGCUGCUGCAGAGAGGUACGGUGAGACCCUCUGCCACUGCGGGGAGGUGCAGCAAGGCCCUCUGUCACCACGGGGAGGCCCAGCAAGGCUCUCCACCACCACAGAUAUAUAUCAUGAUAUGUCAAGAUAUUGUGAUGUUUAGCUGUUGAUAUAUCAUGAUGUUGAAAACCAGGUAUCAACCAAGUCAUGCUGCUGCUUCCUUUUUCUCUUGCAAAAAGUGACUCUUCCUCUGUAGACUGCUUGGACUACUGCAAUAUUCUCUCUGGUCUUGGUUCCCCCGCAUCUAACAGAUGCCCCUCUCUUGUCAUUGUGAUGUUGUGAGCCUCUCCUUAAACCCUACACUGACUUCCAGUCUUUGCCCUUCAGAGCCGUCCAUGGCCCUUCCUCCUAAUCCUUCUGCUGUUGCAUUCUGACGCACCCCUGCCUGUAUCCUUUUCUCCAGCUUUGCCAUCUUCAGCCACCUGGAGGUCUGCUACCUCAAAGAGCUCACUCCUUUGUUGUCCCAUAAACUUAGAACUGCCUCCCUGUAUACCAACAUCAUGCUGUUUUAUUUACAUCUCUCAAAUCCCUUCUCAAACCCCACUUUUCUGUGAAGACUGGCUCAGUCCCUAGUAAUCAUAAUAAUAAUAAUAAUAAUAAUAAUUUAUUAUUUAUACCCCACCCAUCUGGCUGGGCUUCCCCAGCCACUCUGGGCGGCUUCCCACAAAACAUUAAAAAUACAUUAAAACAACAGUCACUAUACUUCCCUAAACUUCCUGUGCCCUGCUGUAAGUGUAACUGGCAGUGCAAUCCUAUGUAAGUCUAGACAGAACUUAAAUGGUUCUUGCUCCCAGGUAAACAUGGGCAGGAUUGCAGCUUGAAACAGUUGCUCUUUAUCCUGUUGUUUCACCGUACUUCUUCUCCCUUUCUCUGUAGUUUCCUCUGUGUUGAAUUUAGGUUAUAGGUUCCUUGGGGCAGGGGCCUGUCUUUGAAGCACUAUGCUCAUUGUGGGCAAUAUACAAAUAAUAAUUGCUUACUCUGAGAGUAAGUCAGGAAAUGCAGUGUCUAGGAAAACUUGGAUCCUUUUCAGAAAUGAACAACUGGGCACCACGUCUCAGGGCUGUCGUUCCCACGUCAGAAGAGGCGGAUGAUCCUGAGCCUUCUCUUGCUAGAGCUGACGCAUUACGCAGAAUGAGGUGGUAGAAUGAAGUGAUAUAUUUUUGUACCACUUGAGACUGAAGAUUUAAUUUGCGCCAUGCUUGUAGUAAACAAGCAUGUGAAGGGGAGAAGAGGUUGCUAAAGUUUUUUUUGGGUGUGUUACUUUACUAUAUUCAGGGAGCUUCUUACACUGGUGAAUAUAUCAUAAUGCAACCCUCCACCCCCAAUUUACAUUCAGAACUAAUAAAGUGGGAAAUCCCUCUUCAUUCUGUGCAACAUGUAGAUCAUAACUUACUGCAUAAGAUCACUGCUCAAUUCACACUGCCCUGAAAUAAAGACUUGUAGAUAUGUGUACUGUUUCAGUACAUCCCUCUUUUGCACAUGUAAAAUCUUUAUUUCUUAUGGGGUACAAACAUUUUACAACAACAUGCUGUUUGUGUUUUUGUAAUAUAUGUCUGACUCUUGUAGUUAGAGGUCAUUGUAAACCUAAAGUUAUGAAGCGUCCUGAAGAGUGAAAUCUUUUAAGCAUUUGCCCUUCUGACAUCAAGGUUGGCAGUACUUGGCAUUCUUGGGGGGGGACAUUCUUGUCACUAGUGACAUAUGGCAAGUCCUGUUGUUAAUGUUUCUAUUGGUCCUACCAUUGGGAAGGAUUAGAGCAUGUGUUAGUGUCAUAUUGCUGUGCUUAGUAUUUUUAUAGUCUUUCAUAUUGGUGAAAUCCUUUGUUGCUUUCACUGCCUUUUCUUAGUUACCAUGAUACAUUUUGGGAAUUGUAACAGGAACUUUUGUGAGAGUUCCUGAAGACUCUGUGGCAUUAAUUUCACUCCCUUAUGUUGUUUCACAGUGAAUAGCAAUCACUAACAAAACAGUACUUGGGUUUUGGUUCUUCAAAAAUGACUACUUGUUCCCAUUAAACUAGAAAACAUAGGGAAGCACAGUAACAAAAAGCUGAAAACAAUAUAUAAUACUGGAUUAUAUAGGAUUUAUGCCUAUAUCAGGGAUGGCCAGAGGUUGCACCAUCUUAAAGAAAACCUUCAGUUACAGAGUAAGCACUCAGGCGCAGGCAGGAAAUCUCAUAUAAAAUGCAAAGAGGAGAAGUAGUGGGGCCAGGCAAUAUAUUGAUAUAUCUUCCAAAACUGGUUUGAAGUCCAUAUCAUGAUAAUGGUUUCAUAUUUUUCGACCUGGCAAUAUAUCGUGAAUCAUGGUGUGGGUAUGCAUGUGUAUGUGCCUGCUAUGCAGAAAUCACAAUGUGGGGAAAACCGUGAAGCCACCCAAUGCCUCUAAAUAGUUCUAUCCUUAUUUCAGAUGUUUUGCUAUAUCUGUAUAUCACAGUGUUGAAAACCAUAUAUCACCCAGCCCUAAUGUAUAAUAAUAAUAAUGUAUAAUAAUAAUGUAUAAUAAUGUAUAAUAGCUCAUCACUUAAAACCACAGAACAUCUUUUCUUUUCCAUUAUAGGCAAAAUUCUUGUUGUACCUUGAUUUUUUAAAAAAGAGACAAGGCUGCUAGGGACUUUAAAAAGCUAUUUGGAUUGAAGGAAGCCCAUUUUUUUGUUUUUUGUUUAAUGUAAUCUGUUUUUAUUCUGCUUAAUAAUUAAAGUUGCCAGUUGGGCAGCUAACUUGGGUUUGCCAGGGAUGAGUACUGAUAGCUGUUUUAUUCCCUUUUCCUGUUAAGAUAUGGACCUUGAUAGCAGGCUAUUUAUUGACUGUAUUAUUCAAGUGGAACCCAAGCACUGAACGUUACUUGAGAACAAUCUCUGUUCCUGUCUGGAUUCUACUGCUCUUCCAUUUGGGUGAGUAACCUCAUAAAAAUAUUUAUUUCAUUUAUUUGUUGUUUUUCAGGACUUGGCUAUAAAGUAUUUCUACAGAUUUCUGAAAGAGAUGUCUUAAACCAAUUUUCAGUGAACCAGACAAAAGACCUCCCAUUUCAAAUACGUUAUAGAAUACCUUGAAUUAAAACUUAAUUAAAAUAAAUAGGGUUUAUUCACAAAUAUGCACUAGUAAACAAUGAUUCAUGCUGGCCUUGCAAAUUGGGAUUAUAAAUUAAGGUAUGGUCAUGGUUUUGCAUUGUAUCUGAACCAUGCCUGGAAUCCAGUUGUAAUGGGAAACCAUAGUUUUGUUCUGUGAAUGAAUCUGCUGGAACCUCAGGGAUGCAUGCUCCCAUCUUCUUUUUCUUGUGGUAGAGGAGGAGUUCAAAAGGUCGCACUUCCACUUGCAAACUAACCACAGUUCCCUGUGACAUCUAAACUCAGCAAGCUGGUUUGUUGAAACUACAGUGAGAAUAAGUGAGGAUCAAACCAUGGUUCAGAUCCAGAUCUCACUAACCAAGGGAGAAUUAUUGGGCUGUCUUUGUUUUUGUUUUCAUUAUAUAAUUAUUGUUUUUUAUGUUGUGAACCGCCCUGAGAUCUACAGGUAUAGCUAGAGCGGUGUACAAAUUUAAUAAACAAACAUAGUUCAACCACAAAUUUUGAUGCUUAAUUUCUGUGCUUAAUUUGCGGUAAAACUGGAAGCUUUCACUCUGCUCUGAUAUGUGAAAGAAGAGGGAGGAAUGUGAGAGCCCAAGGCCAACCAGAUUCUGUGGACCUACAACUUCUAGACAGCAUGGCCAAUGGUCAGUUUAAGUCCUAGCCCAGAAACAUCUGAAAGGUCAUGGGUUAGCUACUUCUGAUUUAGUAGGAAAUGGUGGUUUCCCUUAUAUGAACUGCCCAGAGUGUGGUUAUUUUAUUACAGUUCUUGUUGUCUCCCUUUGGAAAUAAUGCUUGUGUUUUCAGAAGUAGUAUUAUCAGAGUAAAUAUAUCCAGUCAAAAUGUAGUCUUUUCAUUUCAUCUAUAAUAAGGUUUUUGCAAAUAUCUGUCAGGUAGCGCCAGUCCUACCUGAUUCUUCUGUUCAUUCCAUUUACUAGUUUAUGCAUAUUAGGAUGUUGAUUUUAGAAAGGAUGUUGAUUUUAUUCAUAGGUCCUCCUUUUUUUCAGCUUCCGCAGCAGGUUCUUGGAAGAUUCCAGUGUUUUUGGUUAUAGUUGUCUUAAUGACUGUGGGUAUGUUGCACGAGCACCCGAGUGGGAAAGAGUCUUCAGGUGAGAAACUCUCUUUCUCUUGUAGUUCCAUAGUAGAGAUAGCUAAGCUAUGGCCCUUCAGAUGUGUUGGACUAUAGUUCCAUCAGCCCCAGCCAGCAUGACCAAUACUGGUAGAUGAUGAGAGCAGUAGACCAACAUAUCUGGAGGACAAUGGGUUGCUUACUCCUGUUCUGGAGUAUCUUAAGUGAGUGGUAGCUGCUGAAAAAGAACGUUGUCUUGGUUUAUUCUGGUGUGACUGAAGCUGUUGACAGUCCAUGAAUGGGAACAGAAAAAAACCAAUUAAACUACUUUCAGACCUUUAUAAGUAUUUUAUUUUUUAUAGGGGUAGAGCUUCCUGGUCAGAUGGUUUCUAUUGCAGCAUCUACAAUAGCCAUGGCAAUAUCAAUUACAGGAUUUGAAUCGAAUAAUGAGGAACAUUCACCGCAAUCCUCAGGUGACUGAAUAUUCUGUAAGAAUGCUAGACAUUUUUCAGUAUGUUUGCAUGCUUUAAUCUUGCUCUUUGAAUUAUUAAAUUUAUAUACUGCCCUUUGUCCACGGAUUGCAGGGCAGUUUAGCUAUGCUUAUUUUGUUACUGCUUGUUUGUUCUGUAAUUCAUCUUUCAGCUCUGUCAUUUGUUCCUUAAGAUUACUGCAUAAAGUGCGAAAUAUGCAACUUGUAUUUUAAACUGUCAUGUUAAUGGUGAUUUUAGUGAUGUGGCAUUAUAAUGGCUGAAUGCCAUAUUGAAAGAUAACAGUUUAACUAUUUGUCAGAUGAUAAGGCACACAAGUAAUCCUUGAGUAUUUGUAUGGAUAAACUGUUCUCUGGGCAGGUGGUGAUUACAUUAGCAAGUCAGAUUCUGUCAAUUUAACUUGGUUUUUUAAUACACUCUGCAAACAAUAAGGACUAUUCUCAAAAUUUCACAGAACAUAGUUGGAAAUUUGAGAGCUGUGAGAGAAAUCUCACAGGUGUUUUUUUCUUGCUAAAUUGUUCAGUUGAUCAAAUAUUAGUUUCAUGUGGAUUUUUUCAUGAUACACAAAUUGAUUUCUGAGAUUUUAGUGACCAUGUUGUCAAAUUUAAAUAGGGCUUCAGCACCAUCCAAAACCAUGGAUUGCGCAAGCAAUAAUUCAGAACUCCAUCUGUGAUUUGUUCUGCCAAACUUACUUUUAUGUAAUGUUUAUAUGCAUACCAUACAGCUAAAACUAAAUAAACCUACCAACAGAGUAAUUCCAAAUAUGAAGUAGCAGUUUAUAAACCAAGCAAACCAAAUUCAGUCAGAUGACUUCUGUUUAGCCUGUUUUGAUUGCAGUCUUGAGCAGUUGCUAUCGUACAAUGUGCAUGACUUCAGUUCAUCAUUUUCGAUGUUUGUUUGUGAAGGGUCAUUCAUACUGUCACUCUUGCAGAAAUUAAUCUUGCUAGUCAAAUACUGGAAACUCAAGGAGACGUAUUCUGCACAAAACAGAAAGCUUGAAUGCUCUAAGAGUAUGAGAAUAUGCUAUCAGGGAGGUUUUUAUAUACUAUUAGAUUAAACUUUUGUAAUUGUAGUUGUGUUUUGAGCUUGUAUUUUGCAGAGUUUUUGAGGCAAAUGUAUAGGUAAACUGUAAUUUAGAGUUACUUAUCAACUUCUGUUUUCUGUCUACUCAAUACAGUGAUCUUUGGAAUGCUACAGCUAUGCUCUGUAAAUUCAAACAGGAGACAAAUCCAUGGUUUACAAUCAUCUGGGUCAAACCACGUAUCUGAUUCUUGGUUUCAGUUGAAACUUUGUGCUAAACCAUAGUUGGACUUUAGACAUCACACCAAAUCAUGCUUAGCCAAACCUUGGCGUAUGAAUAGAUUAUUUGUAUAUAAGCUUCCUUUUGAGAUUUCAGAAUUCCAAGCAUUAAGCCUUUGAUUAAAACACUGCAGCAAAAGUUAUUUCUGUGUACACUGAAAGCAAAUAUUUCACUGAAAACUAGAAAGCAAUUCUCAUUUUUAAGUUUUUCUUCUUUAUUUUUUAGAAAUGUAUGAUUAAACUCAUUUAGUUCUGGAUACGUUGGGCUUUUGGGAAAUUACAAUGUGGUGUUAAAUGCAUAGUAGUUUGUAUGGGUUUACAUGAGACUGGUAUACAUGGCUUCCCAAGCAUCUUAGAAUCAGUUCUGAUGGCUGCUGUGCUUCUGAAUAGCAGUUUGUUUAUUUAUUUAAACAAUUUAUAUACCACUUAACUGCAAUUGUCUCUUAGUGGUUACAAGAAUUGAAUACAGAAAAGGUAAGAAUAUGUUAAAAUGAUAGAAUCAGACUUCAGUUAAAAUGUUUGACCUCAACUGGAAGGGAGUACUACAAAAUUCAAGUUAAAGUUAAAACUUGCCAGUCUUGUUGAAUGUAUUAUAUAGCUGACUUUUUCUUCUUCCAGGAACCGCAGAAAGUAGUGCCACAUCUUCUCCAUCCACUGUGAGUGGCAGACAGAGACCUGAGAUCGGAACACUUCUUAAAAAGAAGAAUACAAGUGAUAUCUACUUUGUUCUGCUGGCGUGGGCCAUUGUAAUAGUUCAAAUAUGGUUGAAUCUCUGGAUAAUACAGCUGCUGCCCGUACCUGUUGCAGGUUGUUCUCUAUUUUCUUAUAUUGUGAGGUAAAACAAUAUUUAGAUGAAAAACCUUCAACCAAAGUCUCCACAGUGCAGAUCAGUUGUGAAGAUGGAGAAAAGAGAGUUUGUCAAAUUGUAAGGAAACAGAAAACUUUCAGUUGGCUGAAUCAAGACUCAGGAGAGCAGAACAGUGGCUGUGCAAGGGAGUUUUGCUACACUUUCCUCUAUACUGCAGCUCCUUGUGUUCCCUGAAAAGCCACCAUUAUGGGUCAGAUCCUCUGAAUCCCUGUGGGAUGUGGCACAGAGGAGAAUUUAAGGAAACUGGGCAGGCAGCCUCCUAAUACAUACCCUAGCAUCACAUACCCUAGGUCAUUUUGUGCUACAGAGUAUAAAUAGUAAGAGGCACCAGUUGAGCUGGUGUGGACUGUAUGGAACAUAAGCAGCGAACUGGAACAAACCAGGGUCUUAAACCAUGUUUAUGAAAUUAAUAACAUCCUGGCUUGUUCUGAAACUGUUGACCAUUGUUUCUCAGUUUGGUAAUGAGUGCUUAGCUGGUGAUAUAUCAUGAAAUUGAAAACCAGAUACCAUCAAGCCCUACUGUUUGCCUCUGCAUAGUUCCAUCCUUAUUUCAGACAUCAUGAUAUAUUGGUAUAUUGUGAUGUUUAGCUGGUGAUAUAUCGCAGUGUUGAAAACCAGAUACCACCCAGCCCUGUUGGCUACCCUGCAUGUGAUCAUAUGACAGUUGAUGCCUUGAAGAUUUUUCCAAAGUGGUCAUCAGAGUAGUUAGAAUACUUCUGGAUUGGACUCCCAUAGGAGGAAGGAUGAUAUUGAAAUAAAAAGAAUACUUAAAAUAUAAAGAAAAAGAAACUUAGUUGAGGCCUAAGGAUCAGGCUGAACGUGUUGUGACUUGCUCAUAUAUGAAUUUCUAUUUAUAAGCACAGUGACAUGGAGCUGAUUUACCUAUUGCAGUAUAAGAAAAAAGUUGGCAAAGGAAUUAUCUGCCCUGUCUGGGAAGACUUUGCUGUGUCUUUGUCAUUUGUUCCUUAAGAGUAACACAGUCAUAUAAUUAAGUCUUGUAUAAAUAAUUUUAGCCCCAAAACAUACGGCUAAGCUAGAUUUUGGUGGUAAUGAGCAGAAUAUGUUUAAUCUUUAUGCUAGUUACAUAAUUGCCUCAGAAACUCCCGGUCAGUCUCCAUUACGUGAGGGGAAAGUAAGUACCCAACAAGUUGCUCUUCCUCCACUGACUCUUCUUAUAAUUUUGAUUUCCCCAAACAGUAUUUCCAGCAGCAGCAGACUGAGCUGUGUGCAGUUCACAUUGAAAACCGUAGGCAUCAUGAGUAAUUUCAGACACCAUAUUAGUUUCAAACUAUGGUUUAGAAUCCUCUGAGGCUUUCUAUGUAUUGUGAGACUCCGAAACAUAUUUAAACAUGUGCCUUGUUGCAUUUGCGCUGUGUGUAUCUCAGAAAACUGAAUAUUUUUGGAAUUUUUAGAAUCCUUCAUAAUUUUUACCACUAAUUGGAAUCAAGGAGCCUUCAAAGUUCUUAAUGUUGAGGUGUGGUGUGUGUACCUAUUUUACUCUAGCUCUUGUAACUACGGAAUAUAUAUUACUAUCUGUAUGAACCUAUUAGCUAUUAUGUACCUGAAGCACAUAUUUUGGGAAGUUUUUGUUUCAGGCAUCCAAAAUUAUUUUUCUGCCUAUAUCAGCAAAAGAAAUGUAGCAGCCAUUUUAGCAUAGCUUUCUGCAAUAUUGCUGUGUUCAUUUCCCCCAUAUUUUUAGUAAGUCUUCUUUUAAUAUUGCAGUGUGGGUUGUCAAAAAACUUGUGGUCCACUUUGGAGUGGUGAAAUUUCUGGUGAGUCACUGCAGCGUCUGGUGGCAUGUCCUUGAAGAUUUUGUGAGAGAACGUCAAGAAGCUCUUGCACCACGACCGAUCAAGGGCCUCGGAAGAGUCAUUCUAAAGCUAGACAGUAAGGUAUUUAAAGUUGCUUCUUAAACUUGUCCGUCUCUCUGUGUGUAUCAUAUAUAAAAUUUAUUUAAACAUUUUUAUCCUGAUUUUCAACCAGAGCAUCAGCUAUAUUGGGGGAGUGGGGGCAGAGUCAAACCGGUUUUGCCUAUUUCAUUUACAAAUACGUUCAUGCACUGUAAUGAAUGCACAGAACCCUUUAGUAUUGUACAAUCCUGAAGGUAAUUUGCACCGUUUGGGUUUUAGGUUGUAAACAGUACUAGUUACAGAGUUAGGGUUGUUGUAGUUAAUGGCUUAGGUACAGUGUUCUUUUGACCAGAACUCAAGCCAUAGGAUGCUCCUGCGGGUGAAAGGUAGGGAGGGGACUUUUGCUGAUUGUAGCCCUUUGUGCUUCAUGAAAAUUUGCUCCAGCAGGUUUUGGGAUCAUCAUACACAUACACAUGUCUGCCAAUGGGAGUCCCCACUGGAUCGGAGAACUUAGGUUCCAAGCCUCUUUUGUCUAUAGUCAACUGAGCCUCCACAGACCAAAUUUCUUUUUCCCUCCCCAAAGAGGGACUCCCAUUAAUAAACCCAUCCAAAGGAGUUGUCAAAUACAUACCGCCUUGGCAUUAGUAAUGGAGACGCUUCCUUCUAGAUGACUUGCUGGGCCACAUUCUGCACUUUUCAAAGGGUGGGAAACAGCAGGCCAGGUGAGAGCUUGCUACAUUAAUGGAAACAAACGUUAGGGUGCCUUUCCAGUUGUGUAGUACUUGGCCAGUCUGAGAAGCUGUAACAGUUGUGGGUGAAAUUUGCUUUCUAACCUACCAUGUCUCGUCAUAUGGAGACUACCCUGAUAAUGUUUGUUUGUUAUAAAAUAAAAAAUAUUCUUUAAAAAUGGUAAAAGAGAAACCUUUCUCAGAAAAGUCACUGUGGACAUAGAUCAUGAUACAGUUUGCAUGUACAGACACCCCUCCAUUUAUGCACGUUCGGUAUUUGUGCAACCGCACAUACGCGCAUUUCACCAAACCUGGAAGUGACUUUAAAAACGGCAAAAAAGGCCCUAAAAGAGUUCAGAAAGAGCAAAAAAAAGGGCAUGAAAACAGCGCCCAGCUAUCCCAGGAGCCUUUGCACCAAUGGUUGAGGCCUGUGGAGAGUUGGAGCCUUGGAGGGAGCUUGGUGGAGUUUGGCAUCUGGUAAGUGCUGCUGGUUUUUAAAAGGGUUUUUCAAGGAUGUUGAGAGGCUUAGAGAGUGUUUGCAGGCUUUUCCAGUGGUGUUUCAAAUAUACGCAAUUCCAUGUGUGGGCCUCGGGACAUAACCCCUGCAUAAAUGGGGGUUGCUUGUAAAUUAAUUGCUGUAUCAGGGGCAAAGGUCCUGGACUACAGAGUGCAGUACUCAAGCUGUGGGGUAAAUAGUUCUAGGUGACUAGAGAGGGGGAAUGUGACACAACAGGAAUGGAUGGUGUCUUUAAAUAAUCAUUCAUCUUUGAAUGAUGAUCGAGCUUCAGCUUUAAAUAAUCAGUCCAAAAUCAUCAAGUUCCCCCAGUGCCUUGUGCAUCUUUUACAUUUUCUGAUGGCACUGACUAUUCUCUUAUAUUAUCUCGGUAAACACUUAGAACCACCUUACCAUACCUGCAAAUGAGCAUUGUGAUAUGAAAUCAUUUACAGCUUUUCCUAUGCGUCUAGACUAAUAUCUUAAGAUAAGCAAAGUUCAAUAAACGCUGCAAGCUAAAGCACAGAGUAAAUCAUUAUCAUUCUACUGUUUUAUUAUAGUAUAAUUGGGACAAAACAAACAAUAGAGUCCACUGAAUAUUAAUUGAAUGUCUAGUUGUAUGAGCUUUUAGCUGUAUCGGCCUCAGCAAAGCAGUUUCACGGAGUCCGCACCCCACUGCCGGCUUGUGCGGUUGCCUUUCCCCUCAGCCAAGCAGUUAACGGAGCCCCCAUCCCACUGCUGGCUCAUGCAAGCCGGUGGCAGAGUGGGGGAUCCUUUACAGUGCUCCUGCCCCCCAGCUGAAUAGCCCUGAUGCGUUGAAAACCUGACAUUGCCCAACCCUAUGCUCAGUGAGGCAGAAUAUUUCCAAUAUGUUAACAGUGCUGCUGAAAGUGUCCAAUGAGCUGCCAUGCUUAGUUUAAAGUGCUGGUACUGGUGUACAAAACCCUAUGCAGUUUAAGACUAGGAUACAGUGGUGCCUCGCAAGACGAAAUUAAUCCGUUCCGCGAGAGUCUUCGUCUAGCGGUUUUUUCGUCUUGCGAAGCAAGCCCAUUGACGGAUUAGCGCUAUUAGCGCUAUUAGCGGUUUAGCGGCUAUUAAAGGCUUAAAGGCUUAGGGGAUUAGCUGCUAAAAGGCUAUUAAAGGCUAUUAAAGGCUUAGCAGAUUAGAUAAAGGGGGGGGAAAGCGGAAAAAAAACCUCAAGACUCGCAAGGUAUUUUCGUCUUGCGAAGCAAGCCCAUAGGGGAAUUCGUCCUGCGAAGCAACUUCAAAACGGAAAACCCUUUCGUCUAGCGGUUUUUCCGUCUUGCGAGGCAUUCGUCUUGCGGGGCACCACUGUACUUAAAAAAAUAAUCAUCCCUUAUAUAUCCAGUCUAUCACUGUUGUAUGUAGUGGAAGCCCUCCUGCAAAUACCAUCUCAUCAAGUUGUCCAUUUCCUACGAUGUAGGAAUCAGACCUUUAGUGUGGUGACAUCUACCCUCUGGAACUCCCUCUCAUGGUGUCAUCUCUGUGAUCUUUUAAUUGUUUAUUUGCACCAGCUAUUUUUAAUCCCUUAAUCACCAAGGUUUCUAAGUGGUGUACAUAAAAAUGACAGAAGCAUCCAUUGAAGGCCUUCCUAUUUCAGCAAGCCUUGUAAGUGGACAUUCUUAUCCCAUCUGUAUUGAGCUUGAAUUUAUUUUUAUAGUUGAUGCUUUUAUUGUUAGAUCACUUCAGGAUUGUUUCUGGGAAGCAAUUCAUUAAAAAAAAUAAAAUCUGGAAUGACGAUUGAGGUUGGAUCCACUCUUCAUCUUAUUUCUUGUUCUGGUUUUCUAGAAGGUAUUGCAAUAGAUUAUGUUUAGGAUUUUAUCUUCAGAUUUGCUCAUCUACCUUGUAGUAAAUGCAUGAAUUCUCUGUGUAGUGAAUUCCAGUGUUGCAUGCUGUAAUUUCCUACUGCUUCCUCAGUGAUUGACAUGCUGUGGUCAUUGUAGCAGAAUGAAAGUGCCUGGCUACUUCAUUACUGACUUGCUACCACUUGUGUGGAUUUUCUGGGGGAAAGUCCUAUACAAAAUACGAGUAAUUUGCAUAGGAAUGUUUUCAGUUUGCAUUGGAAAAUAUUCUGAUGUCUUACGAGAAUGAACUAAUUUAGCAUGCUUAUUUUACUUCUGUUUAGUAAACAAAGCUAAAAGCUUUGAAAAGCUUACCUAAUACUGAUUUGCAAUUGGCAUCUAUUUCUUUGUUAGUAGUGAAUUUAAUCAAAUUGAAAAAUUAAGGAAAAUUUUCCGCUCUACAUCACUGUUUCACUGGCCUUUAAGAAGAUAAUUAAUUGGAUUUGAAAGCUGCUUAAUUUUGUAGUAGGUUAUUUUCUUGUAGGUCAUCUAGUUUCUAUUGCCCAGUGUUACUGACGAUGCCUUAUUUCUUUGCCUUGGCAAUGGCCUAGCAGUUUGCUCCUGCCAUUUCAGUCUACACAGGUCACCUUUUAAAAUGUACUACAAAAGUAACACGAUCAGAUAUUAUAUAGAAUUGAUAAGCACAGUCUUAUUUCUGCUCACUGGCCUCCAGCUGCAAUUUCUUCAAGCACCGCUCUCCCAUUACUCUCCGUUAAGCACCUUAAAGCACAGAAUGACAUGGUGCAACUAGCAGGUAAUCCUAUUGAAGCCCUAGUCUCCAUCAGCGCUGAAGUGCCAAAUGUUUUUCACCUAAUGCCAUUAUUCCAGUUGAUGGAGAAGGAAUAAGAGAGUAGAAGCUGCUCUUUGAAAGAAUUCUCAGGCCUCAGCGGCAAUGUUUCUAAACUUUUUUUUGCAUGAGCUGCCUUUGGGUAGAUGGGCUCACUAUAACAGAGCUGAAGUCCAAACAGCUCAAAGAUAUAUUGAGAAAGAUACCAGUUUCCACAGCAUUCCUGGUAUGUUUGUUCUUUGAUGAGUCCAACUUGUUGUUUUUUUAAAAAAAAUAGGUUUUGUUAAAUAAAAAUAAUGUUUUUAUUUGUCACACAAUGAAAAAAAACACCAUUAAAGACAUGGCUGGAAAAAAAUAAAAAUCACAUAACAGCCAACAUACUGUGUUCUCCAAUUGUUGCAUAAAAUAUGGUAAUGACCAUGUACCAGUAAUGCCCUUUAAGUACUGAGGACAUAGGCCACCAGUGGGGUAGCUUGGAUAAGUGUGGCUAAGGAAAUAGAUUCAAGUUCACAUACCCAUCUCCAUCUACUACUUUUGCUGGAGCAAAGGUGUGUGGUAAACCACUGGAUGCUAGACUUACAGAAGCUAAAGACAAAAAAAGAUGCUAUUCACAGCGAAAAGGAGCACAAUUCCAAGUUGCAAAACUUUUUUCACUUCUCAAAGCAACCAAAAUGGUAGUCAUACAGCCCAUCCAAAUUCAAGUGAUCAAGACCAAAACUGCAGAGGAGUGCAGAGAUGCUUGUCCAACUCUUUAUGGAUCUUCUUUAAACAAUUCAAGAACUAGAGCGCCACCUGAUGCCAGGCAAAACCCAGCAUGCCCAUUAGAGGUCAACUGUUCCUAUUUGCUUGGUAGUCAUACAGCCCAUCCAAAUUCAAGUGAUCAAGACCAAAACUGCAGAGGAGUGCAGAGAUGCUUGUCCAACUCUUUAUGGAGCUUCUUUAAACAAUUCAAGAACUAGAGCGCCACCUGAUGCCAGGCAAAACCCAGCAUGCCCAUUAGAGGUCAACUGUUCCUAUUUGCUUGCAUCCAGGAACAGACAGUGGAAGAUUCCUGUGUCUGGCCUUCAUUAGAGACCCACAAGAAGCACUGGUUGGCUGCAACAAGGAACUAGUAAAUCUCAGAACUCGCUUCAAAAUGGCCAUGUCCUUGUUUGAACAGUCAAUGUGUUUUGCAAAAGUGUUCAUAAGCAGACAAGGAGGUGGGUGCUUUACGUCACACCACAUAAAAACCAGUGACAUAAUGAAAUGGGCAUAGUAGCCCCUGUUGUUCAUCAAAUUGGAGUGUCAAGCCUGCAGACUCGCUCCGGAAAACGUAUCUGGAGAGAGAUGGAAUGAGUCCUCAAUCCCAAAAUACUUUUGAAUCUAGUUCAAUGAUUAUGAAAACCUGAAAUGGAUCUCUUCACCAGUGCUGAAAAUACUAAAGAUUCAAGAUUCUUUUCAAGGCAUCUCUGUCUCAAUUCAAAGAAUACAAAUACCUUUUGAAUCCAAAUUUUCAUACUCGCCACCCUCUGCCCAGAGGACCAGUAUAGGCCAUGUUACACUUUUAUAGGUAGAAUUGUGUGUUAAUCCAAUCCUGACCUAACUUUGGGAGCAUAUUCAGUUUAUGCCAAGGACAUUUUCUGCCUGAAAAUUCAGCUGGAGUGAGUUAGCCAGUCAGUCAUAAACCAAACCUAACAAGAGGAAUAUGUAAAUGCUGAUCCUCCAAGAACAUUAUCUAUCUAUUUUAGCAUUAUUUAUUAUUCAGAUAGUGUCAUUUAUAGAGCAAAAUGAAUAUAUAGUGCAUAAUAGUGCAUAUGAAAGGAUAAACUUAACAUACAUUUGAAGAUAAUGAUAAUAAGAACACCAUUAACAUCAAUUAAUAAUUAAGUAAUAAUUAUUAAAAUUGCUCACAGUACUUACAUGCUUUGUGAACAGUGCCAUUCACAACCACAAAAUUGUGAAUGCUGUACUGCUUGUGACAUGUGCAGAUGGCAAGCUCCUAAACAUGGGCUGCCAUAUUUAGCUGUGUCAUCCAACUUGGUUGAUACCCAGCCUCGUGAUAUUUUCCGCUUCCAGCUGCAUAAUGUUAAGAGCUGCUCCAUAUCUGGGUUUGCAGUGCUACAUGUUUUGUGUGUAGCAUCAGUGUGUCUGCUAUUGAAAGAGUAGGCACAUUGGCAAUUAUGGAUAUUAUUGAGCUGUGAUGUUCCAUCAGACAUGAGUAGAAUGAAUUGCUGCAGCAGGACAAGUUUUUCCCCCAUCUAUCAGAGAGUUUGCUGCAGGGAGCCAAAGGAAUGCUUCGUCAGUGUUUUGAAAUGCCACCCAUAUUUUCCAUGUUGUAAGUUUUCCCUGUGCCACAGAAGAAAUAAACUAUUGUAACCAGUAAAGGAAUAGAAACCCAUCAAAGGUCUGUGCAGUUCUCCUGGCAGUUGAGAGCAGAUCUCAUUAAUGGGAACAAACUACUUAAAUAUUCCACUGUUAUAUUCACUCUACAAAGGCAUCAUUUUAUCUAUACAGAUUUGAUAUGCCAAAUACUGUCCCCUGGGGGGGUGGGGGUGGGAGAAGAAUUCCCCCUCCUUUUUCUUUGGAUUCUGACUAUGAUAAUACCUCAAAAUUACCAAGGUGUGUUGAUUGCCAGAAGCAAAAUAUUGUUGGUUCUUUUACCUUUUACAUGGAUACCAGGAAGUUUCCCUUCCAACCUUUUGUCCUAAGCUGGUGCAUCAACAGGCAAAGAUGUGGCACAAACUGGGCAUUUAAGGGGCUCUUUAAUUGUACUUGGGGAGAGUGACAGACACUCUGAAUCUCUUUUUUAUUUCUUUCAGAUUGGUUCAGAGGUUAGGAAAGUAUCAAAACCCACCAUUUCUAGGUAAUUGGGUUGCAGCAGCCUCCUGAAGUCAUUCUUCUUUGGCAGAAAUUUGCAAAGUGGUAGUGUAUUUUCCAGCACACAAUUCUUAAGACAUUGAACAAUUGAUGCCCUCAGUACAUGCAGCAUUUAGGGGAAGGGUCUUGCAGAAAGUAGCUAUUCAUAAAGUUUUAGUCCCUGGACCCCACUCUGGGACAGUACAGUGGUACCUUGGUUUACGAACUUAAUCCGUUCCGGAAGUCCGUUCUUAAGCCAAAGCGUUCUUAAACCAAGGUGUGCUUUCCCAUAGCAGUGGGGAACUCAAUUUACACUCAACAGGAAGCGGAACAUUUUCUGCUUCCAAGGCAAAGUUCACAAACCAAAACACUUCCGCGUUUGCAGCGUUGUUCAUAAACUAAGCUGUUCUUAAACCAAGGUGCCACUGUACUGAUUUUUAAAGAGUUCUGAACAUUUUUGGAAUGCCCUUUUGAGUCAUGGGAGAAGAAGAUAUCCUACUCCUGUUCUCCAUGACUGCCAGAGGGCAUUCUGUUCAUGUCUGUGCUAUCCUUUGGGUCGGUGGUUUCUAGGCAGGGAUCCCUGGGGUUGUUCCUAUGGUCCUGUUCUUUUCUCUAUACAGUUGUCUUUCUUGCACAUCAAGUUAAUGAGUUUUGUUAUCGGUUUAUAGGGUUGAGGGGUUAUUCUAGUUUAGUCUGGGUAGAAUGAAGGCCCCUCCCCUUGACGGAGCAGCUAAAGUGAUUGCACCUUGCAAGGGGGGAAGCCUGCUGCCAAAGAUUUUUGGAAUGCCCUUGGUGAGUCAGGGAGAAGAAAAAAAUACAUGGUAAGUAAUCUCCUUUUCUCUUCCCUAUCUCCAGUCCCAUGGCUUGUUAAAUGAAUUUAGCAUUUUUCUCACCCCAGAAGAAUGAACCCUUUUAAAGAGUGUCAUCCAAACAACCCCAGAAGGCGGUUUGUUUUCUGUAGGUAAUGCAGUUGUGUAUAUUUUAGCUCACAGUGGCCCAUAAACUUUAGCUCAGGAUACACUACUAUAAAUCAGUGCAGUCCGACUUCUGUUGGUACAGUGCAUGUCUUAAAAUUUCUAAAUACUGUACAUUUUUUUUCUGAUUGAAAAAAAGGUUUUGAUGGUUUCUGCCACGUCUUUACGGCUUUGAUGAAAGUCUGUCUCUGGAAUGGUUUCAUUUCAUUCCUUGGAUAAUCCAGGGGUGUGUGUUUUUCAUUUUUGCACUACAAUUGCAUUCUUCAAUAAUUCUUCACUGUCUUCUUGUCUCUUUCUCUUCUGCGUUCUCCCACUUUCCUUCUCCCAAGCUGUGGCAUUGGCUUAAUAAGAAGGUAAAUAAGCAGACAGUUUGUUUGCAGUUAAUAUAUUUUGUGCCCUUUCCCAGCAUGAAGUGGUUUUUGUUUCUUGUUGGUAACAUGGCUUGCUCUUGAUUUGCAUCACAGCAAUUUUAUUCCAGGCCAUGAUAUAAGCUACAGAAGGUCAUUCAAUGCCCUCUAGUUUUCUUUAGCAUGCUUGAUGAAGAAGGAUUAUGUACUGAACAUUGACAUUGAAUGAUAUAUGUUUCAUUUGCCUCAAAUUGAGAUAACCAAACUUCACCUAGCUCAUGUUUAUACACAACCGAGAACUUGAAGCUGAGGAAUAGAUAUAUAAACCUAUGUAGAAUGCUCACACAACUUUUGGUGAAUAAUAAAUAAUAUGGUCUUCAUGUAAGCAUAUUGCUUCAUUUGCUGCCAGAAGUGCAAAUUGGGUGCCAGUAGAAGAGAGUUAUUCGCAGUAGAGGAAUGGCAAGAGGAAGAUGCUUGUUUAACUCUUGCCCUUCUGCUGCUUUCUCUCUGCUUCCCCUCCCUGCAGGUGGUUUCCCCCACUUACCUUCCCAGGCAACCAAGAAAUGAAAUUACAAAGAAAAACAGGGAGUGGGGCAAAAGUUCAGCAACCCUUCUCAAUUACAUUUUCUCACCUGUAGGUAUCCCUUCUCUGCUUUGGAAGCCCCAUGUUUUGCUGCCAAACACAGAGUUCCACUCAUCAUCUCUCAUUGGCUUCUGGGGGGGGGGAAAUGUUUCUAAAAGAACAUGAGGAUGGAGCUUUUCAGUGAUGUGAUGGUGAAUAAAGAAUAUAGAAUGUGGGCAAAACAUGGAUUACCUGGGAUUUUCAUUUGCAACUGGGAGAUGAGAGACUGCUACCUUGAUGUGGAGAAGCUUCUGAACCUGGAAGGUUGCUGGGCAGUGGAGGGGAGAGAAAGCAGAAUUCCACUUACUAUAUUGUUCAUCAGCUCAGGUUCCCUUGCCUAUAGUUUUUUCCCCCCUAAAAAGUUAUAACUUAACAAUACUUUUAAUAUUUGAAAUUGUUUAAGUCUACUUUGAGCUAGUUCAAACAAAACCUGAAAGCCUGUUUAAGGAAUUACGAUGAGCCACAAGCUUGUGUAUUCCCCCUCUGCGUCUGCACAAAUUGCCCAACCAUAAUUAACCAUGGCUGAUAUAUCUACACUGAUACCAUUUGGGAAAUUCUGUAGAAUGCAAUUGGCAGUUGCAGCUAGAAUUGGUUUUUCCCAUAAUGUUCAAGAAAAAGCUAUAAAACAUAUAAAUACAUGGUUAUUCCUUGCAUAUGGCUUUUCUUAACCAAGCUGAAGCCAGUGCAAUGUAAAUUUACUAAUAGGCUGAUCUAAGAUUGAUGGGACAUAAUAUUGCUUAUGUUUAUUUAUCUCUUAGUAGACCUAAUGGACUGUAUCUUGACUAAGUCAUAUUCAGAAUAGAUUGUAUUGAUUUCAUUAGGCCUACUCCCAUGCAUGGUUUAUUCAGAAACAACCUGAUCCCUGCAAAUACUGAUUUGAGAGAAAAAUUGCAUAUUUGCUCAGAAAGAUAUUUCGUACAUAAUACUCUAUGCACAAAUAUUUGAUUGAAAAACAAUUAAAUAUGUAUAUAAAAUAUUUGAUGCUUGCCAUGCCAAAUUAUUGUGUGCAAUUCACACAGGAAGAAUGUGCUUUAUCCUCAAAGGACUAUUUCCAUCGUAUAAGCAUUUAAAUUAAAUUUCAUUAGUUAUACUGAAUUCACUAUUUAAAACAGUUUGAAAUUUUAUUCACUGCAGCUUUCCCCCCUGAAAUUCUAAGAAUAAUAAUCAGAAAACAAUAUUUACAAGAAUUUCAUUUAAUGCAUUUAUUUUGUACUAGGGUUCAAAACACAAGUUUUGUGUAAAGUUAUUUUUUAAAAAUAAUAAUUAAAAAUGAGUUUCAUUGACUACAUGCUUACUCUUCCUUAAGUGAACGACCUUCUGCGACUUAAUGGUUUGGUAUCUCUAACUCAUAGAUAAUCAUGACAUUUGUUUGUAACUGUUAAUAACUUCAAUUAGUUACUUGAUUAUGAAACUACCGGUAAAUCACUAAUAUUUUUCUGUGUGGGCAGGAAAUGCAAUCACUGAUUAUGGCCACCUGAUAAGGGAUAGUGGAUGCAAGUUUAGCUUAAGUAUAUUUCAAGUCCUUACACAUAAAAUACGCAGAUGGUUUGAUGCAGAAUCCAAGAUCACCAGAAAGGUAAAGCGUGAUCACUGAGGUGCAAGGUGCUCUUGAGUUAAAAAUAAAGCCAUUCAUUCAUUUGCCUCUAACUCACAUUGACUUGCAGCAAGGAGCUAGUGCACACAUUGUGAUUCUGAUCCUUUUAUUGUGGUUAAGGAAGUGAACUGUGGGGUUUCGUUCCCUUCUGCACAAAUUCCCACCAUGGCUUUAACUAUUACUAAGCCUUGUGUCAGCACUAAUCUCAACUGUGAUUAAUGCUAACCUGGGUUUGUUACUACUAGGGUUUGACACCAGAGUUUGAAGCUAGUUACUCCUUGGAUAAGGGAUUAGGGGCCUUGUGUGUAUCAGCCCUUAGUUUAUUUCUGAAACUAUUGGAAAACCUUCAAAGUCUUGACCUAAAUCAGAGUAGCCAAGAAAAUUGCAUGAUUAAUCAGAUGAUUCAGUCAUCAGUUUGCACCCAUGAAGGAGAGGGAUGGUUAAUGAUACACACAAGAGUAUUGGCAGGCUUGGAGGAUUUCCAAGGGUUGCAGAAAUGUUUUUAAAACUUUUUUUUAAAAAAGAACCCUAAGGGGGAAAGAGAUCCCAAAAUACUUCAGUGAUGGCUGAGCACUCAAUAGUCACAAAACAGUGUCUGUUGCGGGUGAAGAGUGGAAAACCGGGGUGGGGAGGAUGGAAUGUAGUGGAGUGUUCUAGAAAAGGGCAUGGCGACCUAGUUGGAACAAUGAACAGAAGCAUUCUUCACUGCAACAUUUUGUUGAUGGUCCCACUUGUCCCGUAAGUGUGAAUAAGUGCAUCAGUAAAUAAUCCUUUUGCAGUUGCAAGUAAAACAUGUUCUAGAGUUAAAGAACUUUUCCAAUGUGUUCACUUAUUAUGUGCUACAGUCCCAAGUUGUUAACAUCACAUGGCUAAAUUUGCUUAUUUGUUUCAGGGUGGCCUUAUUUAUGUUUGCAUAGUUUAACUUUUUGUUCUUUUAAUGUGACCCAUGUAUAGAAGGGCUAUGAGACAGUAGUGCAAGUGCAUACAGAGUAUAUAGUAAUCAAUAAUAGUAGAGGAACAUAAACCAUUGUUCUUCUUUGUACUCCCUGUGCAGGCACACAAAGAGGGUCCUGUACAGAGCACAAUUCAGAAACAUGUAGAGCUUAAACUAACACAUAUUUAGGAGCCAACUGCACCCGCUGAACUAAGCAUGCAUGCUGUCAGAGAUGGACUCUACACCUUCCUGCUCAGUUCUUCAACUACCACCCAGCAGCACUGUGGAAAAUAUUUCUGAGAUCUCAUGAUUCCACUCACUCUAAUGUUCUGUUCUGUUCUCUCUGUCUCUCUCGUUCUCAUGUGUAUGUGUGUGUUCUCUACUUUUGAUUUCACUUCACUGUUAUUUGAUGUUACAAUUGUAGUGAAGUGUCUGUGGUGCAGCAACUGUUUUAAAAUUGCAAAAUGCAUAGGAGACAAUGACAAACCACUGAUAAAUAUGACAAUUAUAAUAUUUCUGUAAGAGAAGAACACAGGGUUUAGAGUGGUGUUUGCUGUCAGAAGAUCAUCAAUAUACACACAUGUGGGUGAUGCUUUUGGAAAGAGCUUCCUGUCUCCCAAGUGAAUGGUUAAUUAUGCCUUGGCUAUACACAGCUAGUGUUGGUGACUCAAGUUGUUUACCUUCUCCAGAUGUGGAGGUAAUUGUUUCAGUUUAUGAAGAGGAGACCAAGGAACGUUCUUCCCUUCACUCUCCAGGUUGUGAUGUGAAGUACCCACGCAAAUCAAUAUUUCUGCCACUCCUUUCUACAUCAUUAACACUUCCACCGCACCCACCUUUUGUCUCUGGGCUGAGAACAUCAGGUGUCUCUUAGGAGUUCCACCAAGGUGGUCAUUAGGGCUGUUCAUGUUUGAAGAACAGAGAUCCUUUGUUCUCUAUCCCUCGGUCAUAUUUACUCCCCAAUCCAGGUAGAGACUAUUUUACCCUAGAGGGAAAGGUACUGCUAUGCUGCAACCUAGAUCCCUACAAUCACAGUGGCACCAGCAUCUUCCUUCCCUUGAAGGUUGCUAUGAGGCUCACUAGCCAUCUUUAUGUCUUCUGGAUUACUGCUGCUGUGGCCUGGCAACUGUGUCUAAACUCUCCUGGGGUUAUGAUGAUGUGUUUAUAUAACAUUUUACAUACUUUAACAUGACUUCCCUUCUCUUUCCAUGGUUCAUUUUGUAUAUCUUACAUCCCUGCGUAUUUUAUAAUAACUAUUCCAAUUGGUUUUCCUCUAUUACAUCCAUCAAAAAUUAUUCAUGUUGAAUUUAUCUUAAUUCUGCCAGCAUUUUCAGCUGUACACAGUUAUUUUCCAUAUACUCAGUAAGCGUUUUCCAAUCUUCUUUAAACGUAUGUUCUUCUUCUUCUAUCUGUUAAAUCUGCAAGUUAUGCUUGUUUUGUCAACUGAAGUUGCCAAUCUUCUUUAGUUGGGACCUCACAUACUUCCCAUUUGGGGGCUAACAAAACAUGGGCCACAGUUGUUGCAUACAUAAAUAACCCUCUCUGAAACCUGGGGAUUUCAGUCUGAGUUAUCCCCAGCAGAAAGGGCUCUCGUUUUGGGGAGAAAGUAAUUUCCAGUUCAUUAUAAAUCAUUUCCCAAUACUCUUUUACGUUUUUACAUGUCCACUACAUAUGAAAAGAACCUUCCCUCCACCUCUUUACACUUCCAGCACUUAUUUGAUUCUGUAUUGUAAAUCUUAGCAAGCCUACUCGGAGUUAGGUACCAUUUAUGAAUCAUUUCCAAAUAGUUCUCUUUCAAAUAAUAGCAUGCUGUAAAUUUCAAGUCACUUUUCCAAAGUUUCUCCCAGAGGCUUAGAUCUAUGUUGUGUCCCACAUCUAUUGCUCAGUGUGUCAUUGAGACUUUAACUAGUUCGUCUUUUCCCCCCCCUUCUAACAGGUUAUAUACAUUGUAGACAAAAGUUUAUCUUUGUUUUGCAGGAGUUCUUUUCUGAAUUGUGAGCUUUGGUCCAAAAAACCAUUCUUUCUGUCUAAUUUAAACAUGUAGUAUAACUGAUGAUAUUGCAACCAGUCCAUAACUUGGCUCCUUAGGUUUUCCGUUUAUUUCAGUUAGGGUUCCUCGCCAGUGAAAUACAGCAAUUCCCCGUCAGCUGCCUAUUGUCUAUCCAUAUUAACUCUCUUAAUUGUAAUUGCCUCGAUGGGAGAUAGCCAUAAAGGUGUUAAUUUUCACCUUCCAAUACCAAAGGCAUGCAUGCCAGCCAAAUUUUAAGUUGUGACCCUCUAGAUCCAGGAUGUCUGCAUUAUCCAGUGUAAUCCAUUCUUUUAACCAACACAAAAUAAGAUGUAUUAUUAACCAAAAUAAUACAUUUGCAGGUCUGGCAGAGCAAAGCCUCCUCCAUCUUUUAUAUCUAUCAUAAUUUUAUGUUUAAUUCUUGGCUUUCCCCCCUGCCAAAUAAAUUUGGAAAUAUCUUUUUUCCAUUCUUUAAAGCAGCCUGAAUUGUUUACAAUUGGGAUUGUUUGGAAUAAAAAGAGCAUCCUGGGCAAUAAAUUCAUUUUAAUGGCUGAAAUUCUACCUAGCAGGGAUGCUUCAUUCUCUCCCAUAUCUCCAACACAUCAAAUGUUGCAAAUGUUCAAUAUCUUCUGAAGUUUCAUUGGUUGCUUUCUGCAUUGCCAUCCAUGCCAACAUUCACUGGCCUUCUGGUAUCCAUAGCCUUGUCUGUUCCUUGCUCCCCGCCCCCCCAAAUAUCCCAGACCCAGAGCCAUUUUCUCUCCUGGUUAAUGUUGGUAUCGGCUCCAAAACCAGUAACAAACACAGUUCUGCUAUUAUUGGUACUGAUAUCCGUGCUGAUCACACUGCCUCUUGCACAUACUCUUCUGGCUCAUUCACAGACCAUGGCUUCCAUCUCCUCAUUUCUGUUUUGCUUCUGGUUUCACAAACAGCAUUUGUGCCUCUUACUACUGAAUUUGAAACUCCCAUUUUACUGCUAGUAUUGUUGGUCCCCAUAGCUGCAUGUGCAAACCAGCAGUGCUGCUUAUGUUACCUGCACCUCUGCAAGUCACUAAAGACUUGUGAGACAAAUAUUGUGUUGAUUUUACUGUUUUCUGAUCAUACUCUGAGGACAGUGCCUUCAAAGACGGGUGGUAUAAGUUACAUCUGGUGUUAGCAAAUGGGCUAACAGAAUCUACAUUUAAAACCGUGUAAGUUUGCUCAAACAUAGGCUCUUGGCAAUUAAAUAAAUGACGUGGCAUACACUAAAUGUGUGUAUAUGUGGAAGCACUCUGGCUUCCGUUGAUGGAAAGGAGUUUGAUGGUUAAUGUUUUUGAAAAUCAUUUGGAGUUACAAAGGCACCAAGUUAGCAGCUUAUUACAGGCUGUACUUUCAUUGCAUAGAUAAUGACCCUCUGAUUAUUAAGUCCGCGAAGCUGAGAAAUUAAUAGAAGUUGCUCUUGAGUCUGGUAAAUAAUGUUAAACUAUUUUCAAGGUUAUUGUUCUGUGUUGCGGUGCUGAGUAAUAAAAUCUCUCUUAAUAUUUCUCAAUUCUAGUUCUGUACUCUCUGUCUUAUGUGUCAAUGCACCUAUAUUAGUACGCUUUCUUGCAGUCAACAUGUUAGUUCCAUGCUUAGUCAAGUUUAAACUAUUCCCAUUGAAAUCAGUAGGACCUGUUAGUUAUGACUAAGGCUGCAAUCCUGUGUCCACAUCCAUGAGAAUAAGCCCUACUGAAUUCAAUAGGUCUUCUGAGCAGACAUGGCUAGGAUUGUGUUGCAUGUCUCAUGGAUUUCUGUGGGCCUGUUCUAAGCAUGGUCUAAGUCUGGAUCCAACCAAAUUUCACUGAGAGGAAAGGCUGCUAGUAGGGUUUGAGUAUGUUUACAUGCAAUUUUGAUUUCUAAAUGUUCAAUGACUUUUCUGUUUUACCUUUUCCUUUUUGUUCUGCGCAGAUGAUCGUGUGGCUGGAAAAAAUGCUAGAUAAAAUCAUUAGCAUUUUCAUUAUAUUUGUGCUAGUGAUAGGCACCCUUCUUCUAGCUCUGCUCCUUACAGCAAAGGUACUGAGUCCAAUUAAAUACAGUACAUAGUUGCCUGGUUCUUUUAACUUUGAUAUGUGCAUGACUAUUUUUUAAUCAAUACUUUAAUUUCAAUUUUCAACGGAUAUAUGACAGGGAAAGUAACUGUAAUGAAAACAACAAAUAUUUAGGCAUGUAUUUGCAUGACUAUUGGGAAAAGUAUACUGUACUACAAAAAUGAUAGUAAUAAGAUAUUGCUAUAUAUAAACUAGUGAAAAAUUCACAGUGUUGGGUCCUUAUGAAGAGUCAUUUUGGCUCUAUGUGGGCUCUUGGUUGAUUCUGGUGUGCAAUUGGUUUGGGAAAAUAAUAUUGUCACUUAACCCCUGAGGCCAACCUUACUUUAGGUUAUCUGUCAAUAGCAAAAUAUCUGGUGUACUUUAUUGCCUUGAGGUUUACGUAGCUUGUUAUAUUAUGACUAUAUAGCAUUAUCUGUAUUGCACUAAAAAUGUUUUAAUGUUGCUUUUGAAGCCUAGGCUUCAUUGCCUUUCCAUUAAUUUAGAACAUGAUGUAUGCUAAGUUGCAUUAAUUUCAUUUAUAUUUUCCCUCCUAACUUAGGUGCACCAAGAAAGCGUGCAUAUGAUUGAAGUCACAAGCAGCUUGAUCAAUGAAACUGUAGCCAAUCAUCCAGAAUGGGCCAAGUAAGAAUACUGAAAUAAUGUGAUAGAAUUUGGAAGAACAAUUCUGUCAAUGCCAUACCCAGUAGUGUACAAAUGUUCUCUUAAUCUUAAGUCCACAAAUAUGGUUGGCACAAGUAGAGGCAGGAUUUCUCAAAACAAAUUACUUUCUAGAAUCCUUUGCUGAGGAGGAGGAGGAGAUUUGGUCAUUUGAUAUAACUGCAGAUUUAUGUUCUUCAGAACAUUUAACUUUGGAUUAAUACCCCUUGUUAUCGUUUAAAACAGGGGUCAGCAAUUUUUUUCAGCAGCGGGCCAGUCCACUGUCCCUCAGACCUUGUGGGGGGCCGGACUAUAAUUUUUUUGGGGGGGGGUGAACGAAUUCCUAUGCCCCACAAAUAACCCAGAGAUGCAUUUUAAAUAAAAGCACACAUUUUACUCAUGUAAAAACACGCUGAUUCCCGGACCGUCCAUAGGCUGGAUUUAGAAGGUGAUUGGGCGGGAUCCGGCCCCCAGGCCUUAGUUUGCCUACCCAUGGUUUAAAUCCUUUUUCAUUGGGAACAAUUAAAUUUAUAAAUAGUAGGAAGGGAGGAAUUCUUAAUGCUACUGAUCUUACCAGAGCUGAUAUUACCAGGCUGUACUACUUUGCAGAAUGCCUGUGUUCAGUGUCAAGAGACAUGAAUAUUUUCUUUAUAGGAAUCAACCACAAAACUAUAUUCCACUAUAUGAUGAGAGUGAUUCCUAUAGAAGCAUGCUGUUUGCCUUUGAUCUAGAUAAGCCUGCCUUAUUGUUAGAAAAUGGAAAUUGUUAAUAAGAUUAUAGUUUUAAAAAAAGAAGCCUGUGUAUAUAUGUAAGGGUGCAUUUGACUGGAUCCAAAGAAUCACAGGACUAGUUUAAUAUGCCCCAGGGAACUUCAGGUUUAUAUUCCUUCAACAACAGCCCAAUGCACCAAGUUUUAAAUAUCUUUUGAAAUCCUGAGUAUACUUCUAAAAGCAAACAAUUAAAUGGCACGGGGAUCUGCUGUUUGGGGGAGGGGGAUCAAAAUCCCACCGGGCAUGGCUAAUCAGUAUUUUGUAUCUCGGCCGAUUAUUAUAAUGACACAAACAAAUUGAUCUGUAAUAGUAAUAUUUUUUUAAAUUUACUUUUUAAAACCAGCUGGCUUCCUGAAGCUCAGGUUUUUCAAAAGGCUUUGAAUUCAGCUGCCAAUAAUGUCUAUCAGUAUGGCCGAGAAUGGAUAACACAUAAGGUAAGGAUGAAACCAGUCUUUCUGCAACUACCGUAUAUGCUAUAGAAGAGCUAGUUGUUAUGCCCAAUAUCCAUCAAAUCAAGAAAAUACAGUUCAGUAAAGAAAUUAAAUUAACAGCAGAAAGUUUAAAUCUCGGCUCAGUUUAAAGAACUUGAAAAUGGGAUCAUUCCAAGGAAAAAGAAGGGAAUAGUCUUAUUACUUGAUUAUAGGGAUUACCAAGUUAGAAGACAAUUAGGAGAGAUGCCUUUUUUCAAUGUCUUCAGCUAAGAAAUCAGUAAACUACUGCUCACAUAUAGUACCCUGAAGGAUUUACAAGCUUUGAAACACUUAUUUCAGAUGUUUGUAAUGUGCUUAAUUUAUAAAAUCAUUGAAGAUUUGAACACUUGGCCCCACUCUGUGGUUUCACAUACGUGUUGAAUAGAACAGGGAGCAGACUAAAGCUCUGUGGCAUACCAUGAGGCAAAACAAUACUGCCCGGGUACCGCUUUUUAGAAAUAGCCAUUGAGACAGUAGAACCACUGGAGCACAGUCUCCCCAAUCCCUGGCCCAGGCAGCUGUUCCCGAAAGAUUCCGUGACUGAUGGUAUUGAAAGCUGCUGAGAAGUCCAGGGAAAUUGGGAAGAUCAUGCCACUCUGGGCGGCUCCUAACACAAUAUUAAAAAUACGAUAAAACAUCUGAUAUUUAAAACUUCCCUAAUAGAUGUUGACAAAAAAAUGUCCUGGAGUUGCAUGGCAAUGACUUGUUCUAGCAUCUUUCCCCAAAAAGAACUAUUGGUCAGCCUAUAGUUAGAAUGCCCUCGUGGUCCAGAAAGGUCAUUUUUAGGAGUGGUCUCCUAAAUGCCCUUUUCAAAGCAGCUAGGACCACUCACUGUCCACUGCUUUUACAAGGAAGCAACAUGUACAAUGCUUCCCUGGGCAGGGUACUAGACUGCCAUACACUAGCUUAAAAUUUUUUUUUUAUGAAACAAACAAAAAAUAUAUUAAUAGUGUUUAUGGAUUAAAGGAACAAAAGAUUACUUUACAAAAGGGGGGAGAAAACAGCUUAGCUGAACAGCUAGUGGCUACUGGCUUUCUGCGACUUUUGCAGUAUUGCUUGCAGCAGAAUAAAUGAAGGGAAUCCACUCAAGAUGGAUUACUCUCUUUAGCUAGCAAAUUAGUAAAAAAAUGUAAACAAAAUUAGAUUUCCUGAUACUGUAUUCACUUUGACAUGUUGCCUUUCAGUUAUUUUGACAUAAAACUCCCUCUUGUAUGUUGUAGCUCCACAAAAUAUUAGGAGACAAAGUGAACAACACCGCUGUGAUUGAAAAACAAGUUCUGGAGCUCUGGGACAGACUAUAUCAUUCGUGGUUUGUGAAAGUAAGUAUCCCAGUCUAUUGACUCAGGGCAAAUUAAUAUUAGUGGUAUUGGGAAACUGAAAAGACAAACCCCAUAGUUAAAUAAAUUCAGUAUCUCCUGGUUCUUGUACUUGCAUGAAGGUCUUGUACUUGCUCAAGGUUUGCUUCUAGGGUUGGGCGAUGUCAGCAUUUCAACAUAACAAUCAACCGGCCAAACAUCGUUGAAGCAGUUUCACCCCAGCGCUGGUGGUGGAGGGAGUCAGGCGCAGGCAAGCCCCACCUGUGAUUUACUGCCAGGUGAAGACAUCAUCGCACUCUGGCUCCCAAACCAUUAAUUAUGUAUCGAUAUAUCGCCCAGGCCUAUUUGCUUCUGGGUAAAAUUGUCAGGUGGAUGGGGAGAAUUUGAGCAGGCUCAGAGAGUUACAGUUUUAAUAGUGUGUGUGUAUCCCUUGUAACUUCAUGCAUUCCUUAAAUAAUUCCCAGAAAUUUUGUGAGCACCAGUUAAAUGUUUCUCGCUUAUUUUACAGAAUGUAACUCAUUCAGGAAGACACAAAGGACACAAGCCACAUUUAAACCGUCAAAACAGCUGGCCAGGUGACAUGCUUGAUUGGCAAGAUGUUGCCUCCUUUAUUCAUGAGAACAUUGAGACAUUUCUUUCGGUACGUGCCUUUAAUAGUAAAAUGCUAUCAGUUGCCUCAUUGAUGUCAGAUAGAUUGUUUCUAGAUCUAUUUUCUUUACGUAUCCAAGAAGUGCUCUUUUUAGAGACAGGAGAGUCUGACAUCCAGUUAUAUUUUUGAUUAUGUAAAGGGAUUUGAAAGACCAAAGUAUAUGGAAGAUAUCUGUUCCCAUUUUCCAAAAUGGAUUCAAAUAUCUAAAUAUAUUGUGUUAAUUCACAGGAAAAAAUGUUCAGUUGAGCAAAAAAACCACCCCCUGCCUGUUUGUUUUACGUUAUGUUUCACCUAUUAGCUAGGUGGUUUUACAUUUUUCAUGGUAGUGUUCCAACAUAGUUUGAGUCAAUUUGUAUUUAUAACAAAGAAAAUAAUGGGGCUUUCCAGUCACAAGACCCACUGCUGUUGGCACUGAUGCUAACAAAAAUCUCCAUAUGACCCUGACACGUUACGUAUUGAAAACACAGUGUUUUUCAAAACAGUUCUGCCAAGCUAGUGACUUCAGGAUCUGAUUCUGCUCUUUUCCAGAUUCUGGAAUCCCUCUGGAUAGUGAUGAGCCACAAUGUGAGCCUCCUUUUCACCACAGUUACAACUUUAGUAACUGUUCUCUUUUACAGUGGCACUGCUCUUCUCAAUUUUGUGCUUUCGCUGGUAAGUGCAGGGGUUUUGGUUGUUGUUUUGGGGGGAAAAGGGUUUACAUUUCUUCAGGCAGUUACUUUCUUGAGUUCACUUAUUCUUGAGCCUACUCAUUGAGAGGAGCAGCUAUAUCUUGGGCUGUUCAGUGUAGACCAUCUCCUGAAGAGGUUGCAGGACCACAACUUGGUUUUUCCAUUAACAAUCUCACUAAAUUCUACAGGCUUUAUGCUUUUCUCUCUGCUGAGACACUUAAGGCAAUGCAUACACACCCCUUAAAUGAGUAUUGCACUGUUUUAUUAUGCUCUGAUGGUGCCAAGUAGAGAAAAAAGAGAAUUUUCUUGCCUGUGAAUUCUACAUUUUUGCCAGAUAGCUUCUGCCCUGUAGAGUGGCCGGUUAAGAGUGUCAAGAGUGUGUUAGUCUGCAUGAAGCAGAGCCAGCCAGCCCAAGAGGUAGGGCAUACAGUGGCACUUCCGCCACUGGCAGUGAGAGGGAGGUGUUCCAGCAUGCGGUGUUGCUGCGCAUCUUUCCUAAACCUGGACAGAGAAAUCGAGCAGCAAGGCUUUGAGGAGUGCCCUGGCUCUUGCCAAAUUUGGUGAGAGCUAGGAGCCUUCCUGCAUGCCAUGCUGCCAAUUGGCUUCAUGGGGAAAUUGAGUGGCAAUGCAUGGAGGAGUGCUCUGACUCCUGCCAAGUUUGGAGAAAGUCAGGGUUAUGGCAGUGGCAGAAGUUUGAGGGGAAUGGGGCGGGGUAGAUAGGAGGUAGCAAUUCCCAUUUUGACUCAGGUGGCAAAACUGAUCAGGCCACCCCUGGUAUGAAGUAAGGGCUAUUCUUUAGACAUUAGAUAGUCAUUUCUGGUACCUUCCUAGCUCAGUUCUUUGGUCACAUCAUCUGCAAUUAAAAUUAUUAUGUUAACUGCUGCACAGAGUGGAGAGCACCUCAGUAUCUGAACCACUGUCUGGCAAAUGAGUAGACUAUCAAUAUUUUAUUUGCACCAGUCUCUGAAAAAUGACAGGUAACCUGUAUGCAGUAAUAUUUUGGUGAGGAGAAAAGUUAUAGCAAACUCCAUUCUUCCUAUAUUCCUAAGAGGGUAAUUCCAUAUCAAUUGAUCUGAUUUUCUUAAUAUUUUGUACACUUGCUGAAUGAUCAAAACUAACUUUAAAUCUAAAAUUUAUCUCAUCCCAUUUUUGGGUUAUGAGGGUUUGAAAGUUUAAAAAAAUAACAUUUUUGGCCUUGCCAGACUACACAUAAACCUACAAAGCUCAGCCCCGAUCUCUUCAGAACUUGAUGGACUUUAAUAUGAUAUGUCACAUGAUGGGUGUACUUUAAAUUUUAAAGUUAAGUUACAAAAUUUAAAAUUUAAAAAAGUGAUUUCAAAAAAUUAAUACGGUUUUUAAAAUCCCCGAAAAUGUAUUGAUUAUGUAAUAUUUCUAAGAGCUACUUGCAAAUUUUUUUUGCAUACAUGUCUAUCUUAUUGGGUUCUAUUUAGGAUAAAUGGGUCUUAUUGGAGUAAAAUAUAACAGAAUAAACAAAACUUCAGACAAAAUAUCAGUUACUUCAGGCAUUUCAUUAGAAAGUUAUUCAAUUGAAAGGUAACUGAAAAACUAAUCAGGCUAUUCUUUAAAAAAUAUGUUCCAAAAUGUGUUGCUUUAAAUACAAAGUUUUAUUUGGCAAGAGUGGAGAGAGCUUUAUGUUAGCAUGUGUGGCUAUUUUUUAAAUAAUUUAUUAUUAUAAUUUUUUCAGCGUUUCCUUUGAUUCUAAAUUUGGCAUACACAGCUGUGUGGCAGAACUAGUCAUGUUAGAAGUGAUUUCUUUCCAUUUAAGUUUUGUGUUAUGACAGCUGCAAUGCUUGUGGGAAAUUUAAUGGCUGGAACAUAGCCCCAGGGCUAUCACCUAGAUAUUGGAUAUUGAGCUGGCUUAUGUCAAGGGCUCUGGCUUGGGAAUGUGUGAUUUCCCCCCCUUAAACAUACAAGCAAUGACCUGUGCUAAGAGGCUAUUGUAGGUUUUGCUGGGUGAUGGGAAAACAACCACAGCUUUCUCUUUUUAAAAAAAAUGCUAGAAAAGAAGGGUUUGCUAACAGUGUUGGCUCCCUUAGUUGCAAAAGCUGAGUUGGUAAAGAAUGGAAAGAAUAUCUGCCCUUUGGGUUGGAUAAUCAAAAUACAAACUUCAGUGCUAUUGAAAAGAACUUGAAGCUAACUUUUAAGGGAAUUUUCUACAUUUAGAAAAAUCAAAAUGGCAAUGUUGGAUGCUUAAGGAUUUUUUUUAAUCACCAGAAGUAUUUCCUGAUUAUAAUUUGAAUUGGAAAUGGAGAAAAUGAAACCAUAUUUUUUAUGUAUGUAUCUAAAUAUAUUAAAAUCCUUUGGUAACUGCAGCAAAAGUGCUUUUUAAAAAAAAGAAAUUUGGAGCUUGCAAAAAUAGAAAGGUGCAAAUCUGGUAGGCAAUUAGUAAAAAAAUCUAGCAGACACAGAAUUAUCCAUAAAGAACAGUACUGUAAAAUAUAAAACAGAUGUAUACAGUGUGUCCACUGAUGCAAAAUAAAGUGUAACAGAUUAGUGCAGCUCAGGGAAGCUUUGCCAUCAAGCUUGGGCAUGGCGGGGGAGCGUUAAGUUACCUAUACAGUGGUGCCUCGCAAGACGAAAUUAAUCCGUUCCGCGAGAGUCUUCGUCUAGCGGUUUUUUCGUCUUGCGAAGCAACCCUAUUAGCGGCUUAACGGAUUAGCGCUAUUAGCGGUUUAGCGGCUAUUAAAGGCUUAAAGGCUUAGCGGAUUAGCUGCUAAAAGGCUAUUAAAGGCUAUUAAAGGCUUAGCAGGUUAGAUAAAGGGGCGAAAGCGAAAAAAAUGUCAAGACUUGCAAGACAUUUUCGUCUUGCGAAGCAAGCCCAUAGGGAAAUUCGUCCUGCGAAGCAACUCAAAAACGGAAAACCCUUUCGUCUAGCGGGUUUUCCGUCUUGCGAGGCAUUCGUCUUGCGGGGCACCACUGUAGUCCCAAACAAAAGUUAAGUGGCUUGGUUGAUCUGAGCUUUGUGAGUGUCACCAGACCUUUGGGUAAUGAACAGCCACCAAAUAGCUGCAGUCUUCAGGGCCACCUUUCCCUCUUCGUAUCUUCAUAUGAUGUGCAUGUAUUCCAACACUGCAGUCAAUAAAACUUUUUUAAUAUCACAUAUCAGGACUCUAAUUCUGAAUAAUGCUGCAGCUAACAUAAAAACGAUCAUUUCUUUCAGGUGGAGGUUAUUAGAUUGAUCAGUGAAUGUGGAUGGGUCAGAGUGUAAUAUUGUACCCAUUUCCUGCAAUAUUUUAUUGCUAAAAAUAACCUAGUUAAGGCAAAGAUUGGGUGAGAUGGAAUGUUUGCAAAUAAUGCCAUCACCAAGCAAGGCUAUUCCAAAACGUUUUGUUGCCCAAGGUGGGUUUCAUCUAGUAUGUUAAACAGCAUUUAAUUCCCUUCUCAGUUAUAUUAAGAGGUGCAAAGCAGAAUUGCACUCUUCCCCACCCCCAUCAUACUACAGUGGUACAUCCGGUUAUGAACUUAAUUCGUUCCGGAUGUUCAUUCUUAAGCUGAAACCGUUCUUAACAUGAGACACCCUUUCACUAAUGGGGCCUCCCGCUGGUGCGCGACUUCCGCUCACACCCCGGGGCAAAGUUCACAACUAGGGGCAUCUACUUCCAUGUUAGUGGAGCUUGUUACCCGAAGCAUUCGUAAGGAGGACGGUACGUAACCUGAGGUUCCACUGUAUGUUUCUAGUUAACACUCAGCUGCUUUAUUUCUUGUCUGUUUGCAGGUGAUUUUCCUGACCACAUUGUUCUACCUUUUAAGUUCCAGUGAUGAAUACUACAAGCCAGUGAAGUGGGUGAUCAACUUGACUCCCUUGUCACAGCCUGGCCCUUCCUCCAAUAUAGUUGGCCAGUCUGUGGAAGAGGCCAUAAGGUGCACUGUUACUUUCUUACAAGUUGUAUGAUAAGUAUAGUUUUGGGGUAUGUCUUCUUUGUUCUGUUAAUUCAUUUUCCUUCUGCACCGCCAGGUCACUGGGUUGGGCUCAGGCUCCUCCCAUGCGAAGGAAGGCAGGAAAAACAACUUAUCGGGAUGUGGGUGUCUCCCUGAUUAGUUUUUGCUUCUGCCUUUCAAUGAAGCGUGGGACGCGGGUGGCGCUGUGGUCUAAACCACUGAGCCUAGGGCUUGCUGAUCGGAAGGUUGGCGGUUUGAAUCCCCACGACAGGGUGAGCUCCCGUUUCUCGGUCCGAGCUCCUGCCAACCUAGCGGUUCGAAAGCACACCAAAAAGUGCAAGUAGAUAGGUACCGCUCUGGCGGGAAGGUAAACGGCGUUUCCAUGCGCUGCUCUGGUUUCACCAGAAGCAGCUUAGUCAUGCUGGCCACAUGACCCGGAAAAACUGUCUGCGGACAAACGUCGGCUCCCUCGGCCAUUAAAGCGAGAAGAGCGCUGCAACCCCAGAGUCGUUUGCGACUGGACUUAACUGUCAGGGGACCUUUACCUUUACCUUUCAAUGAAGCAGUCUCUUCACUAUUGCUCCUGCACUUCGUUUAAACUAAGUUUUAUUCUCUUUAUCCCCCCCCCCUUUGCUAUUUCCCCUUUUAGGCUUGCUUAAUUGGCUCCCUCUUUUAAAAUGGGCUGCCUUUUGCUUCCCAUUUUUCCCCAUUUGGGCUCCUCUCCAGUGGAUUGGCUGCCUCCUUUCCUUUUCGUCACCAGAGCAUGCCAAAUAAAGUCCCAUGCCACCCUGCUGAUUACCUGCAAGCAGAACCUUGGGGUUCAGGGACUUUCUGACCAAAGUAAUACCUAAUCAUUUCCCCUUGAAGUUUUAUUCUAUAUCUUUCAUUCUUGAUCGUAUUUUUACUUUUUAAAGCACUAUCUAGGUAUGUAGAGUUUCUGCUUUGAAAGAUGUAGCCGAGAUGUCUGGAAUAUAUCUCAAUUCAUAUAUCUUGUUGGGCAUGCUGUUUUCUGGUGUAGAGAGGAAGAAGUUGUGAACAAUUUGAAAGGAGGAAGGGAGACUAAAGGAGUAUAUAUGUUAAGGCUAAACAAUUUUGCAGAAACAAGUGAUCAGUUUUUUUUUGUACUGGUGAUGACAAUUAGUCAUAGGGAAUGGUUAUAGCUACAGUUAAUUUUUUUGAUCCUGUUUGCUUAUUAUUUUAUGUGUAAUGAAUAGUUUAAUGGCUAUCAGUCUCUAGACCAUAUUCAUUACAAAGUAUUUCCAUUAUGACUUUCAGCUCAUCUGAAAGGAGUUUGUUUGCAGGCAGCUCCCAAGUUAUGAAUCUCACAUUGCUAUGCUGGGGAAAGACACUUGCAGAUUAGACAGUACUGACUUAAUGUAAGAAUUUGCUUCUGUAAAAGGCAACUGAAUGCUUUCACAUCUGCUUUUGCAGAAACAAUGGUUUGUUGCAAUUUACAUUUUUCCAGGAGCCAACUUUUGCUGGCUUUAGGGAAUUAAUAGGCUUAUUAUAAAAACACAGGCUGCAGUGUAAAAAUUAAGUACAGGAAUUGCAAAUAAUUUAAUAUGUAUUUCUUGGACACCAUUCUAGAAGAUGAAUUUUGAGUCCCCCAUGCAUGUUGCACUUUUAGCCACUUCCCUAAGGAAAACUAUAGGGUCAUUCCUACCCCAUGUACACUAUUUGUUGCAUUUGAAGCCCAAGCGAAUUGGAAGCUUCCACGUGUGUUAGAAAAAGAUCUGAAGUCACUGUGAAUUUGCAUGUGUGUGUUUAUCUUUGGACAACUUUAUUUUUUUAAUGGUACAUUUCUGGGUCACAUGGUGGAGAGCAGGCUCCAAAUUCCCACAGUUUCAGUAAAAUGACUAUCUGAGUCUCAUAGAGGAAAUACUUUCUAUGGAUGUUGAUAUGAAGUGGGAGGUGUGCAUGACUAUAUGGUGGGCAUGUCUACACCAGAGACUUCGCAUGGCCUUCAGGAAAUGAAAAGGUUGCCUUCCCCUGUCACAGAAAAGUUCAUUCACUCUGUGAACUAUUGGGAUAUGAGAAUAUUUCAUACUUGACGCCAGAAGACAGGUUGGAUGCAUCUGUUGUGUAAAUAAGAGCAUGUUCAAGGAAUCCUUACCAGUCAAGGAAAUGAAGGCAAUGCCUUGAGUUGGGGGACUCGAAAGCAGCCAAAUUUGUAUCCAGAUGUAUUUGCCAUUUAAUAGUAUUUCUCUCACUUUUAUAAAAGUGUACUGCAAUAAACUGAUAGUGUAGUAUUUUGAGAGUUUAGAAUGAAUUGCCUCAGCAGUAGGCUGGUUAUUGAUUGUAGCUUAAGACUUUAAAAUUAAAACCAUUAGUUGUGGAUGGUUCAGAUGACAAUCACUCAUUUUCAUUACUACCUUACCAUUCAGUAAAAAUGGAGCCGCCUUGAUAGAGUUAUUCUUAAAACUAACAGGGCAGUACCUAACCUGUCUUAUGUUCUGCGCAACCGAAGCAGAGAUCGUUGAACUUAUGUAUCUCUGAGUUGCAUGCACACCUUUUGCUUGAACCAUCGUCCUCCCACUAAGUGGCAUGCUCUUUUCUUCCUGAAUGCACCAGACCCUUCUUCCCCGAAGCUCCCAUUCUGCUUGCUCUGGUGGGGAUAUUGCACAUUACUAAGUUGCACGUUGUCACGGCCUCAGUGCAAUUUAGUGUGUGCGAUAUUUUCACAUGAGUGCAUGCACACGCGUAUGGCUGUGGCUUAAAGUUACUGCAGGGUAUGUUUCUUUACGGGGAUGAAUUAGUUCUGGAAGAGCCUAUACCCAUAUCAGUAUUUUUGCUCGAAACAUGUUAGCCAGUGAUCAGGUUUACAUGUGUGCUUUCUUUCCGAGAAAGUUUUAUUGCUUGCUUCAUUUUCUUCGUCCACCGUAAGAACCACAAACAAUUAUGCUCAAUGGGCAGAGUGGUCUCUUUAUUUAAAAAAAGAAAGAAAAAGUUUCCAAAAGUCUCUUUGCUAAACCACUCUCAUUUUUCCUAAGACAAAAUUGCCCAUAAUGCUAAAGGUAAUUUGAUGCAAACUUAACCUAAUCUUGGUUACUGAAAUCAAUUAUGAUUACUUGUCAUAAUUGCAUCAGGCCACUGCAGUCAGUGAAUGAGCAUGAUGAUGGAAAUGAUAUGGUGAUACAAUCUCCAGAGAAAACAAUUCGUCUUCAAGCAUAUUAAAGUUUAAAACAUGUAAUAUGCUAAGGAAAACCAGCGUGAAUGCUUGGCUGUAUUUUCUCAACAUCAUUUAAUUGGAUGGGUUAAAUGACGUUGGUAAUCUGCGUGCAAUUUGAUGGUCUUUCAGUGCCAAGAGAAUUGUACAAUAAAGAAUAGGACUUACAGCAUUCUUGCAUUGUCCCAGGUUAUACUCUGUCUUGCACGCACUUGUUAAACCAAGUAUUAAUGGAGUGGUGGUUCAGAAUAUAUGCUUUGGGACUAUUUUUGCAUCGUCCGUCCGCCCCCCCCCCCGGCUAGCUUUCUGAAAUCAUUGGAGUAUAUGAUUUUUCCUAGCAUCAAUAAUUUCUUCGCUUUUAGACAUUCGCUGAUUUUAAACCUAAAUCUUUUGUGAAACCUUUCCGGAAACAAUAUUAUCAAGUGUAGCUUUUUAAACAGCAGCACUAGAGAUGCUGAAUGCAAACUCAUUGAUAAACCUGUUUCUGGGCUGCACCACUUCAGACUGCAGUUGGUGGCUCACAUGAUUGGAAUGCGCUUCAAGGCACCCUUUCUAUGCACAUAGAAAUUAGCUUGUAAGAGAAAUGAGUUCUAGUCUAGCCAUCUCCCUGAAAUGCUGGUUUUCUGUGUGCAAAGAAUGUGCAUGGAGGAGCAUCCAGUCCUGUGAGCUUCCACUAGCAGUCUGCAGUUUUACCAGACACAGUUUUACCACCUCAUUGAGAAGUAGGCCAUAAUUGAGAUGGCUGCUGUUGAAGUUUUGCUGUACCUAAAUGAGAGAGCUCCACCUGUGAAUGUAAUUCUACCUUUAGUAAAUUACAUCCAAGCAGUUGUUACUGUUACGCUAUGCUGUGGAGUGAUAAAUGCUUUGCUUUAUUUCUCUGAGACACGUGAAAAUUCAUGUAUCAGCAAAGUUCCUUUUCUGAACUAAACAUCUCCGUGGCUUCGAGUACAUAGCCUGUAGUAAUAAAACUUUCUUUAUAAACAUCCAUACUGUCCAAAUAAUGCUCCUUCAACAUUUUGCUGAAACUGUAAAACUUUUAGCCCAUGGAGGUUUUUGCAACUCCAGUUAACUGGUAUCCUACUUUUUCUUUUUCUUGCAUAAAAGGCCCAAAGGAAAGUUUUCAAAUUGCUUCGUAUCAUGAAAUAUUUUCUGUAAUUUCAGAUGUAACACUAAUUCCAAAGGGUGGCUGAUGAUGUCUUCCAUCAAAUUCUCAGGCCAGAUUAAAGAUGCUGGUCUCUUUUUAAAACGAUGCAUCAUAAUAAUACGGAGAAAUAUUGUGUUUUAAGUACCUUACACACUGGAACAUUUUAAUUAUAAAUGUUUAGCGAACUUUCCAUUUAAAUGGGCUGGACAUACUUCAUAUUUUAUUUUAAGUACUUUGGCUUUGUUACAGUUCAGCAAUACGUUCCAAAUUCCUAUCCAGCGACAGUAAUUAACAAUUUUUAAAUGUUUGCAUUUCUAUUUGCACAAAUAGCUCAUUUCUUGAGUAGCUCCAGAUAGGUUUUGUUAACUCACCACAGCUGCGUCUUUUGCAGAAAUGUAGAGCAAUGCUAUCUAGGCUUGGGGGGGGGGGGGUUGUGUUUUAAUUGCAUUUGAAAAGUUUGUGAAUGCUGAUGUGAUGUCUAGAAGUUGCAUAUUUGAGGCAGACACAUUUCAUUCUGGACAGGAGUUCUUGCGGAGAAAGGUGUAGGUACUAAAAUGUAACUUUAGCAAAGGAAUAUGGGGGUCAGGAGGUUUUUUUCCUGGAGGAUUCCGUCAUAGAUGUUUUAUCCAGUAUUUGGAUUAAGAUUCCUUUUGCAACAGAGCUGCAAACUAGGAAGCCUAGAUCACCUUUCCCUUCAAUCAUAGAUGUUGGGCACAAGUCAAAUCUUCAGUCAUAAUUUUCUGGUAGUACCUUUAAAAAUCUACAGUGUUUAGCGCAUUUAAUAUUUGCUUUACUAUUUAAUGCAGCAAUUUAUAUACUGCUGAGCACUAUAGAAUCUAAGUGAUAUUUUGGUCCCUGAUCAUACGUAUAUUGUGUCUGUAUCAUGCUUUUUGUUUCAGAUUUUUCACAUGCAUUACGUUUGUCAUCUUUGCAACUACCUCAUCAGCUAGAUCAGUGUGGUUGCCAUUUUGCAGGCAGUAGGGUGCUAAGGAAGAGUGGUUUGCUGAAGGAAAUCUAGUGGCUCCAUGCCAUUUGUGGCUCAGUCUGGUAUUAGUCACUACGCAAGCUCUCUUGUUACAUAGAAAGACUACUCGCUAUAUCAGAAGAAUGUCAAACAUCUGGUUAUGAAGUGCUUACAUUCACAGUUUCUAGGACUGUGAGAAUAUUUACAUAGAAAAUUGGGUAUUCAGAGAGGUCAGAGAUGCCAGGUCUGUAUUCUUAGCACUGGGGAGGGAAGGUCUCAAUUAAGAGCUGCUACGUUUAAUUUUUUAUGUAGGUUUUGUUGUUAUUUCAGGGUAAGCUACUUUUUAAAGUUUGUUUAAAAAUAAAAUAAAUAUUGUGAAAAUAAUAUUAUGAAAAUAAUAAUAAAAGCACAAAUACAAAAUGAAUAGAUAAUGAAUGGGAAACAGCAAAUUAUCCUGAACUGUGGCAGGAAGUAGCCCUGAAAUUUCAUUUAAUGUGCCAUUUGUGUAGCAAAUAGCUUUGAUCUUUAAGGUUUGUUUUAGCAAUUUUUAAAUACAUAGAUGCUGCUCAACUAAUAGAUUUUAUAUGGAAUUAUCUCAUCCUUCUAGAGGUGUGUUUGAUGCAUCCCUCAAAAUGGCUGGGUUCUAUGGACUGUACACCUGGCUGACUCAUACUGUCUUUGGAAUUAACAUUGUCUUCAUACCAUCAGGUGAGAAAGUAAAAAGCUUGAGUUUAUUUUUAUGUGUAAUAGUGAAAAGGACUGUAUCCACUUCUGGUAGUUGCCUCAAAAUCAUAACCAGUUUUUAGCAAUAGAUGUAUUGAUGCUCAGAGCAAAGAAUCAUGUACACACAGGUCCUUAAAUGAGGUGUCUAUUUUUCAGAAAGAUUAGCCAUCUUUCGCUUCAGUAUGAUGAAUCAUCUUUUUCCACCUGAAUGGUAGGAUAUAACUUUUAAAAUGAAUAAAGACGUAAGUCCAUGGCUUAAGGCGCGACCAGGAACUUUGAAUCCAAGACAAAUUAUACACUCUUGAUUUGAUCAGUUACACUGCAUCUAAAUAGUCCUGUGAAUGUUAAUGCAACUGUGUGCUAUGAAGAGAUGCAAUAUUUUUUGAAACGAUUUCCAUUGACAUAAUUGUGUUUUUUAAUUGUCAUUUCUAACUCCAGACCUUCUCUAUCCUUAGCACUGGCUGCACUUCUUGGAGUUGUUCCAUUUCUGGGAACAUACUGGGCAGCCAUACCUGCCGUUCUAGACCUCUGGCUUGUACAGGGAGAAGGAUGCAAAGCUGUGCUUCUCUUGGUUUGCCAUCUGCUGCCAACAUAUUUUGUAGACACAGCAAUCUAUUCAGAUAUAUCCGGGUAAAUAUUUCAAAAUAGGUUCUUUACUAUCAUGGAAAAAAAUCAUUCUGGAACAAUACCUAAAAACCCAUAUAAAACUGCUGAGGACCACAAUACCUCAAGGACCAGCUCUCCCCAUAUGAAGAGAUCACCCCCUGAGGCCAUUCUUCACAUGCCUCCUCCAUGAGAGGUUCAGAGGGUGGCAACACAAGAACAGGGCCUUUUCUGCAGUGGCUCCCUGCUUGUGGAAUGCUCCUCCCAGGGAGGCUCACUUGGCGUCUUCAUUAUAAACCUUUAGGCACCAGGCAAAAACGUUCCUCCUCAGCCAGGCUGAUUGACAGCCAGUGCCCUUUUAAACUGUGUUGUGGGAGGGCGGUUAGCGGUUUGCUUUUGUUCUUAUUUUAUGUAUCUUGUGUUUUUUAUAUGGUAAUUUUAUGUUGUGAACUGCCCUGAGUUCUAUGAAUGAAGGGUGGUGUACAAAUUUUAAUCAUUAUCAUCAUCAACAUAAUCUAAAACUAAUUUUUGUGCUUAACUAUUAGAUAUAACAAUAACCAUAAAAUUAGUUUUAUUACUUAUCUAUUACAUCAAGAAGCUGGACCAGUUUGGAUGAGGUUGUAAGGAUGUACAGCCUAAACAUGCAAUGAAAGAAUGAAAUAUCCCACAUGCUGGACAUAACACUUGCAUAAGGCCUUCCCAAAGGCCCUGUGCACACAGUGCUUUCAGUGUGUAGAAGUCUGGUGAUCCCAGAAGUGGCACAGGAAUAACUUGUGGACAGUUCGUUGUGCAGUUUUGUUCUCACACCAUUCAUGUGCUCCACACACUUAGACCCUUAUCCAAAGUCACCUGCUUAGUUUCCCCAGAAACCCUCCACCAUCUUGCAUAGAUGUUAAAGUUAUAACUUAACUGAAGUAUAGUGUGCCCAGAGGAAGCACCUUUCUUUUAAUAUUUGUAAUGCAGCUAAUACUUUGGGCAUAUGACCCUUUUAUAAAUGUUCCUUUAAAAGGUAUACUUGGAAAUGAAUGCCAAAUUUUAUUCUCUAAACUUUUGGUGGGAAGGGGUUAGAAUUAGAAUAUGAUUGUAACUUAACUGGUUGUGUUGUGAUUGCAGAGGGGGCCACCCAUAUCUGACGGGCCUUGCAGUAGCUGGGGGAGCCUAUUACCUAGGAGUGGAAGGAGCCAUCAUAGGACCCAUACUGCUCUGCACACUUGUGGUGGCUUCCAAUAUCUAUAGUGCUAUGCUUGUGAGCCCCACAAGUGCAUUGCCCACACCAUCACAGAUGCCUUGGCCUUUGCAGAUAUACCGGUAAGCUUCUACAGUAGUUGUCACAUAUUAUUGUCUCUUAGUAAGGUAUUUUUUAAUCUGUAGUUUACUGACCUCUCCCUUUAUCUUUAACAACCAAAGGGCAGAAAUAAUAAAUAUUUGAAAUAUCUAGAAAUCCAAAACACCUGGGGGCACAAUCUGACCCAAAAGAAAAGUCUCUGGUAAUUACCGUAAAUUAUGCCCUUCUUUAGCUACUUGAUCCCUGAAUUUAGUUAGUAAGAAACAGCAAGCAGGGGAUAGGGGGAGGAAGAAGUUGUGUCUCAACUGAGGAAUCAGGAUGCACAGGAGAGGACAGAUCACAAAUUGUGGGGCAGCCCCCUUGGAAAUCCCAAGACACUGGGAGGCAGUUCUGCAGAAUGGAGAGCCUCCAACAGCAGGCGGAGCCAGAGACAUUUGACUCUGCAGCCACAGGAACUGAAUAAUAGAAUCAUGAAAUUGUAGAGAUGGAAGGGACCCGCGAGAGUCAUCUUUUCCAACCCCCUGCAAUGCAGGGAUCUCAACUAGAUCAUACAUAUAGAAGAGGCGUGGAGUACAUGGGAGCUUCUGGCGGCAGCAGCUCCUCCACCUGCUUCCUUGGCCGGCUGGCUUGAGAAGGGUGUGUGAAACACCCUGUUCUAGUUCUCUUCUUCUGUCAGUGUUCUGUUAGUAUUGUAAUUUGUAUAUGUUGAUCAGUGGGCUGCAAAUAUGCAGCUGUGUGCACAGUUUCUAUAUCCACCUAUCUGCCUGGUGCUUAUAGUAAAAUUAGUUUAGUAGUGGGGAGCGGGGGCGUGGGAGCUAAGUUCCAAAGAGCUGAAAAGCAGAGGUUUUACACUACCAGUGUGUUUCAGUGGUUAAGAGUGUUAUAUUAAGACCAGAGAUGCUAACUCGCUGGGUUCCCUUGGACAACUCCUUAUCUCUCAGCCUAUCCUAUCUUGCAGAUUGUUGUGAGGAUAUAAAUAGAGCCCCGGUGUAAAUGCAGGUCAAGAUCCAACAUUGUGCUAUCAGAGGUGAUGACAGGACUUCGCUUUCCUCUCUUUUCCCUUGGCCCCCACAGCUGCUCCAGAGUGUCCCCCAAACCUCCUUGGCAGAUGACGGGGGAGGGGAGGAAAAUCCUGUUUGCACAAGCAGAUGGUUGUUGUACAAGUGAGAUGCCAGAAAUGGAUGUCAAUUCUAAUAAAUAAAUAGUGUAACAAAUUUUAAUAAAUAUUUUUUGUACUAUUGCCUAAGUGGACAGACUUAACAGCAUAUGCAGAAGAAAUCUGUUAGCAAGACAGUAGAUAAAUGAGUGUCAAAAUACAUGGGUGCUCAUUUUUUUAUAAUUGAUUAUAUUUAUUUCAAGCUAUUCCUUUAACUGCAGCCGUAUUUAACCAUAAAUGUUGGGUCUUUUUCGCAAGUUCAUUUCAAGUAUAAUAUUACAUUCAGGAAUCCUGCAUUGUAGUUUAAAUUUGAGAUUCAGUGGUCACAAGGAGGACCUCUGGUCAGUUCAAAUUUUGGAUAACUCUUCACACACACCCCCAAAUACUCUCCAUUUCUUUGUAACUUUUUGGGGAAGCUAAAAAAACUACUGCUUUUUCCAAGCAUUCAUAAAUAUUUUAUCCUUUAUUUUUACUGAAAGUUUUGAUACCUUUCCCCUUUAUAGGUCUUCUAGAGAAAGUCCUGAGGAACAGAAAACUGCCACGGAAUGACACAUGGAGGAUUUAAUUGCUUCUUUAGGAAGAACUCCUCUUUCUUAUGCGAGCCUUGAGCUCAGGAGAGUCGUGGCCUUGGAUCCCUUCUCCAGCUGUGCCUCCUGACGGCUUUCACUGAUCCAGCAUUCCCUGUCGAGCAUCCCUGUUGACACACGUUGCCUUAGGUCACGCACAUUUCCUUUGUAAGUGGAAGUGUCUGCUGCCUGUUGUUUGCUUAUUACACAGACCUGGGAUUUGGGUGCCUGGUUUGCCAAAUAAUUCCUCUUAAAAAACCACACCUUGCCUCAAGUUUUGUUGACUUGAUUCUAGGUCGGAGCCUGUUGUAAAUUAAAAUUUGAUAUUAAUAUUUUUUGCUACCUGCGUAAUUAGAUUCUAGGUGUUCAGUUCCCACAGCUUUUGCUCUUAGAAUAUUCUCGUCUCAAGGAGGUAUAGCUAUUAAACCAUUAAAGUCUAGCACCUGCUAAAAGUUAAGUAUAAUUUUGUGCUGCUUUAUGAAGGAUGCCUUAUUGCAACUUCAUAGUCACCUUUUAAUCAGCUAUUAGUAAGACAGCAAUAUUAGUCUUGUCAGGAUGCUAUAUCAGUGGUGGCUAUAUAACAGACUUACAGAAUUCUUUGCAGUAUGGCUUGGGGUGGUGGUGGUUUAAAACAGCUUUGUAACUAAACCUUUUCAUCUAAUCUCAGUUCAAGCAAAUUUCUCUACUGAUGAAGCAUAAUCAGUGCACUAAAGUAAAAACAGACAAUGUACUCAAAAUAAUUUGUGCAAAUUUAUGAAGGUGCUUUAAUAUUUUUUAGGAAAUGUAGCACUGGGUUAAUCUAUCUAGCUCUUACUAGUGAUGAAGAAUAGGAUGUUGUUUACAUUGUAUUUUUAAAGGUAUUAAUAGAGUAAUGAAUCAGGGUGGAAAGAGAAAUCUGUUCUAUAGAUUCUCUGGGUAUGUUACUGAGGAAUGUGACUGUCAGCAUUGAGGUGUGUUGUUGUUUUUUAAAAAAAAAUGUCUGUGAGCUAAAGUGUAUAGCACAGGAAUGUUCCAUGCUGGCUAAAGGUUUUUGACUUGAAAUAGGGAUUUGUUAGCACCAAAGAAAAUGAUUGUGAUUUGGUGGUUAAGAGGUGACAAGCUAAAGACACUCAAAAAUACUUGUUUAAUGAAUGGAUUAAGACAAAGCACUUUUAAUGGUUAUACUUACUUAAAGUAAAACCACAAUAUCAAAGUGUCUGCUUCCACGUUUAGUCUUGAGUUCCUACACUAGUGCACCCAUUGCAUGCAUUUCAUAUCCAUAUAGCUUCCAGUACAUGAAAUCUGUCAGCAUCAGACUAUAUGGUAACUAAAGGGUUUGAUCCUGUAUACAUUAGUGGUUAUAAAAAAAAAACCUUGUAAUGGCAGUGUGCAUCUUAUGGGCUAUAUUAGGACCAGUGGUUGGUUGAUUGGUUGGUUGGUUUUCAUUUGAAGGUGUUAUAAAAAAUAUCUGUUAUGUUAUGAGUUAAAUCCAAUCAACUGCAGUUCAGUGCCUGCAUGCAGAAGAAACCCCGCAAGGUAUAAUGAAGCCCUCUUCUCUCGCUCCCCACCCGCAACACACACAGAUGGGUGCAUCAUGAAACUUGGCAGCUGCAGAGGACGUGAGGCCUAAACACACCUGCUUAAUCCAGGAACGUACUGAGUUCUCGUUCUCUGAGUGGGGAUGGCUAUCUAGCUGGGACUUUGGGAGACCCAACACAGGCCCUCCCAUUCACCACAAUGACCUUGUGUGGUAUCUGUUCCUGCAGAGGGUGGAAGGAGGAAGCAGGACUCUGACCCUCCUGAAGCUGUGCCUCUACACUGCACUCCUUGUGGACUGGAUUGAAACUUGUAUGUGGAGAAGCUAAAAUGAAAGCGUGCAUAAAUACCUUGAUGUAUUUGGGAAAUGAAUCCAGUCAUUGGAAGAAUUGCAUAUUUUAAUGUCCGUAUUUCACAAGUUGUAGGUACAAACUAUCACGUGCCUGUUUUGAGGCUACUUUUGGAAAGUUUGUUUUGAACACUGGAGUUUGUAUUUAUUUCUUGACUUAGCAAGUUGAAUCCUUCAGACUAGAAGGUUCUGAGGUCAAGUUAGCUCUUGCAUACGUUGAAAUAAAUGAGCACAAUAGCAUUGUAGCUCAAGAGUUAUAUUUCUUUCCAUUGAUGAAAAGGAACAGUUGACAAUAUCUGUGUCCGAUUUAACAUUGGCAUUAAUAAAAGAUGAAUGGAAAUGCCAUUACUGUGAACAGAUGGCAGUGGAAAUGUAUAUUUCAGUUUCUGGGUCUGUUUGGGGUACGGUUGUCCUUAAAUAGGUUACUUAUGAAAACCUGAAGUAGCAGGUACCAUAUUAGAUGAGACAUUUCCCUUUCAUGCAGGAGGAAAUACCUCUUCUACAAUAGUCUCUGCCCUGACCCACACAUAACAUUAUUUAAAAAUAAAGUGUGCACUUUGUUUUCUUCAAAAUUGUUCUUUAUUCAUAUGCAAGAUUGGUUUAACACUCAGUUAUGAUCCAUUAUGUUAAUAUCUAUGUGAAGGAGGGGUCCAUGGGUUACUACCAUGGCACAGGAGCUGUUUGUGUGGCCUCUCUUUCAUCAGGACAAUGCAUCCAACUUCAAUAUUAUUGAAGUGGCAUUGGCAUCCGCCAUGCAGAAGCAGCUCCCAUGCCACUCUUGGAGCGCGAAUUGCCUUUGAGUAUACCCUGCCUCCAGUUGGUUGUCUUGCCUGAGGCAGAUUCAUGAGCAAAAUCUGCCUAAUUGCUUCAGCCUGCCUGUAAGAAAUAUUUGGCCACAUUUGUUUUGGGUUUUUAAUGGUGAGCUCAUAUUAAAAGACUUCGUAAUUUUUAAGAACUAUGUUUAUUUUCAGUUUGCCAGAAUAUUUUUCACAGGUAGCUUUUAAUGAAGGUCAGCAAUACUAAAAGUGACAAGAAUUGGAUUUCAAAUCCAGUAAACCACUUCCUAGCCACUUUGUUAUUUUCCUAAUACAGUUGUAUCUUGGUUCUCGAACGAAAUCUGUUCUAGAAGUCCAUUCAACUUCCGAAAAUGUUUGAAAACCAAGGCACAGCUUCUGAUUGGCUGCAGGAGCUUCCUGCACUCAAUCGGAAGCCGCAUCAGAUGUUCAGCUUCCCAAAAAAGAUUGCAAACCGGAACACUCACUUCUGUGGAUGUGGCAUUCGGGAGCUGAAAUGUUCGACCCACAAGGCGUUCAAAAUCCAAGGUACGACUGUAAUUGUUUUUACCAGUCCGCAUCCCCCCCCCCCCCCCACUUACCAUUUAGAGAACUGCAGAUUAGAGCAGGCAUGCCCAAAAUCCUUUUCGGGGGCCUAAAAAAAAAGCUAAACAACUUUGGGGUAAAAUCAUAAAAAAAAAGCUUAACAACUUCAAUUCUAAAAAUAAAUGUCAAAAACUUUGGUUGGCCCCCACAGCCCCUUCACUUCAUCAAAUCUGGCCCUCUUUGAAAAAAGUUUGGACACUGCUGGAUUAGAGAGACAGUGUCUCUAAUAGAUUUCCCUUCUAAAAUACAGGACUGCCCAAAGUCUGACGAUUUCGCCUUCCUUUCAACAUUUAAGAGUACACAUGGUUCAUUGUGGCUUUCUGAGUGUAUUUUAUGGCUAUAAUAAUAGUGUUACAUGGUCAUCGGAAUGCUGGAGAAACAAGUUAGCAUUUCCAUUUACUAGGAAACUUACAGAGGUAACAAAAAUAUUUGGGGACCAUUUCUAUUGUGUAAAUCUGUAUGUACCUUGUGUAUACAACUGAGUUAUGUUAAACCUUCAGAUCAUUUUAGUGGACCAUCUUUACUAUCAUGUAUCCUUGAAAUUUUGAAGUUUUGUGACGCCUGCAUGAUAAAAGUAAGGAGUAUUUUCUGAAGACAUUAACUGUCAGACAAAAUUCUGCUAACUAGUAGCGCAGUCCAAUGCAUAACUACCAAAAGUAAGACCAUUGAAUGCAGUGAACUUUACUCCCUGAUAAGUGGGCUUAGGAUUGCAGACCAAAUGAAGUGCUCUUAUGGAAUAGUGGCAUAAAACCACGUUUUUCAGCCAAAGUAUUUUGGAAUGUACUCUCACAGUGUACGAUGCUGGGUACUCAAAUAUUUCACCAUCUUUGUUAUCAUAUUAUUCAUACUCUUGUCUGUAGCUGCCCAUUACACUAUGGUCCAUUAAUGGAAUUGGUUUGUUUCCCACUAAGCAGCUUGGGUUACUAUGUUUUGCAGAUACCAGAAAUCAACUUUGUUCCUACUGCAAAGAAGCUCCAUUCAGUACAGAACUAAUGCAUGGCAUUAGGUAUAACCAAUUUUUUAAAAGGAUAUUAAAAAUACUCUUAAGAAUCCUGAAUUUUAGAUAGGAAGUAAAAUGUUAAAAUACUGACAUUUUGAAACAGUGAAAACUACUUACAUUGUGAGACUGACUGGCUAGCUUACCACUUUUUACAGUGAAACUUUAUUUGCCUCAAGGUUAAAAACAAUUAGCUCUUUUAAAGUGUUCUUAGUGUAUUGCAACUUAAAUAAAUUACAUUAAAUUUUGGAGACAGAACAUGAGCAAAUUUGCAUUCAAGCUUUCAACAAAAAGAUUGAACCAUUUCUUUAGACUGAAGAUUGUAUGUUCUGACUGAGUACUACUUCACCCAAGAUACUACUUUUGAAAAACUGUGUACACUUUACAGUGAAGCAUAUGCCAAUGUGUUUCUCGUAAUAUGUGUUUUGGAAGCCAUAGUUUGUGACAAAUUUGUGCAACAUUUAUACAGGUAAAAUGCACAUGUAGUAGAAAGGCACAUACAUUUUUCACACAAUAUUGAGCACCCAGGAAAACAAUCCUAAUGUGUGUGAAGUUUUCUUUAAAAAAACUUACCGUACGUGAAGAAGCCCUAGUUUACUAAACCUCAAAAUAUAAUCUUCCAGUUGCUUUAUUAAAGACACAGGGGUAUCACAUCAUCAAAAUGUGGGAAGACUUGUAUGAACUGAGUAGAAAUUUUAUCUACAAGUAUAUUAAAGCCUAGUCAUUGAUUUCAUUUCUGGUAGAAGAAUGAAUGAAGCUGCUAUUGGGGGAUAACAUUGGAGAUUGGUGGCUUGGAUGCCAAAUGCACAAGACCAUACCUAAAAAUGCACACGACUUUCACUACUGGGAAUAUUUUAUUUUUUGUAGUGUGACCUAGAGCAUUUAUGAUAAGCUUUUAUCAUGGUAUAGAUUUAAUCUUCACACCUUUACAAAUGAUAUUUUUCCAAAUAAAAUUCUACAUUGAAUGUCUAAAAACUA